CCUUGCUGCAGCUAUUUCCUGCUCCUUCCGAGUUUUUAUUUUUUAAUUUAUUUCGGAUCGCUUCCCUGUCCCCCCCUCCCCGCCCUCUUGAUGCAAUCGUUUGAAGGUGGGGGAGGAAAGAAAGGGGAGGUCGCAGGAGGAAUUAAAAUCGAGUGCGUGUGAUUUGUGAUCGUUUUACAAGCGCCAAGCGAAGAGGAUUUGUGGCAAAUGCAAGGUUUUCCCCUCCUCUCUUUUCUUUUUUCCCUUUCCCCUCCUCCCUCUUCUCGUUUGACUACAGUGUUGCAAAAGCAGAGAGCAAUAAAAACAUACGCACAUACACACACAUUGAACUCUCCACACAGCCCGAGACACUUAGAUCCACAACCUGGUGAGAUCCGAGAGAGAUCGGACCACCACCCCCGGAAAAAAAAUAUGCUUCCAUUUUUGCAAUCCCGUUUAGGGAGCAGAUGGAAAAGUGGGGACUUGUGAAGAAAGGCUGUGAGGUUGCCUAAGGAUCCGGGAGCCGAAGAGACCGGCUGAUUGGAAGAAAAAAGCAGAGCGAUGGAGGCGGGGGAAGUGCGAGCUCUCUGCGGGGACUGGAGCGAGUCCACGCCCGGGGCCAGCGCUGCAGAGCUGGCGUGCAUUCAACCAACGCUUCCCAGCUAAAGCGAGCCCGGGAAAGAAGAGGGGGGGAGGAAAAAAAGGGGGAGCUUUCCUCCAAAAGCCUUCCGAUCUGCAGGUAGGUUGCAGACGUAGAAGGGGGCUCCGAAUCUCCCCUCGAAUCAGCUCCGGCAUGGAGCCCCCCGUUGCAAAGGAGGGUGGGUGGUGGGUAAAGGACGGAUCAGGGGGAGGGGGGGAAAGCAGGCACGAUCCGAGGCGACGCUGCCUCCAGCCGGGGCUGCCUUUGCGGCAGUGCGAGCGCAUGUGGAGCUCGCCAUUAACCCGACGCUGCGCUCCGCCAUCUGGGGCUGGAGGGAGGCGCUUUUGUUCCCUCCUCGAGCUCCGGCAGCGGAGGAAGACAAGCAGGCGGCGGCCGCUGCUCGGAGGAAGCAGCCACCGUCACUGCUCUCCUCUGCCUGCGUCUCCUGGGUCCUCGGUAAGGCUGAAAAAAUGGGGGCUUCCGCUCAUUUUUCGGGGUGCAUCUUUUUUAAAAAAGAAAUUAUUUCGGGGAAUCCCCCCUCCCGCUUCAACACAUUUUUUGGGAAGGGAGGAGAUUGGUGUUACGUUUAAAUAUAUUCAAUAUUUGAGAACCGAACAGGUUUUGUUUUUUGAAAAACGUGUUUUGGGGCGCGCCCCCUUUCCAUCGAGCGGGGCAUCGGUGGGGGGAAGCGGAUCGGAACCCCUUUCCGCCUUCCACGCGGUCGCUUAGGCGAAAGAGGCCGCCGCGUUCGGCCAUGGAAGGGCGAGAGAGCAGGCAGGCGGUGGCGAAUUCUCGCACGCCGAUCCUCGCUCUGCAGGGGCAGAAAUAACCAGGCGGUACAAUCCGGGGGUUCAGAGACUCGAUCCCCCUAUUUUCUUUCUCCCCCGCCCAUGGUUUAGGCUUAUUUUGGAACCGAGGGGGCCCUGCUCGGGUUAGAAAGGAAGGCGAGGCGGUGGAAACAACCAAGCCGCCGCCGCCGCCUUUCUCUGGCUGCCUGCAGAGGGAGAGAAGCCAAUGGACGGCGGGGGAAACGCACUCAUUUUCCCUUUUCUUUCCACCGUCCUCGCACGCUAGUUUUGCUCCCAUGCUUUUUCCAUUGUACGAAAUCGAGAGCCCAAAGCCGCCGCUCGAUUUUAUUUCGGAAAGGAUAUUGUUCCCCGCUUUUCCCCCGCGCGCUGGGGACCUUUGGCGAGCUCGGUCGGCGCAGCCUUUCCGACCGGCUGCAGCCAGCGCGCUCCUCCGCCAUCCGGAGGGUGGGUCCAUGCAGGCGAGGUCUUCGGCGUCCCUCCCUCCUCUUUUCCUCUCGCUCUCUCCCCCGACGAGACGCUUUUUUCGGGGGGCCCCCCGCUGCGGAGCGACUGUGGAGAAUCGGGUGAGCGGGCUUUGGCUCCGCCGAGUUCCCGUGCGCCCUAGGCGCGCAGGGGGAGGCGCUCCCCGGGGGUCUGGGCGCUGCUGCUGGUGGAGGAGGCGGCAGAAGCAGCGGCAGCAACAGCCACGACGUGCUGCCCUCCCUCGGCUCUGCCUGGACGCCCCCAGCCGGGCAUUCAUUUCUCCCUCCCGCCAGCCUGCCUUCCCCGCCCCCCUUCCACCAGCGGCUCCGAUGGGGCUGCUGCAGCAGCGGCUCUCCGGCUCCUGCUCCUCCCCACUCGCGCCUGCCGCCGCCACAACGAGGCGGGCUUGUCUCAGCCUUCUUAACCGCCUCGACGAGGUGAGACCGACGGAGAGAAAAAGAGACGCGCAACUCGCCUGGCGGCCCCCUUCUCCACGCGCGCACCGGGCUUGGGGUCGCUGCCUGUUCCGAGGCUGACGGCGCGGGAUCCGUUGCUUCGCGCUGCGGGUACAGGAUUUGGGGGGAAACCACAACCUCGCCCUUCAGAUUGGGGACGGCUGCUCUCGGUUUCCUCGGGAUCGAAGGCGAGUUAAUCGGGGGAAACGCGAGAGCCAGCCUCGCCUGCUCGACCACGUUGCCCGACGGCGGGGAAGAGCGACCCUUCUCAAGUGGCUGGUCUCUCUGGGGAUCUGGGGCGGCGGGAAAGCGGUUUGGGAAUACAAAGGGGGGAGAGUUAGAAAUUUGAGUAAAGGCAUUUGGUUAGAGGGAAGGACUGGGUCGCACUUCGAGGAUUUACGAAACCAAGAUCCAGCGGGGAAAGAGGGUGAUCUCUGUUAACAAAGCGGAGAAAUCGUAUGGGGUUAUGUGUCGAAAGAGAGCUGGAUCUUGAAUCAAUCCCGUAGAAAUCCAACAAAGCGAAGAACGGGGAGGGGAAAAGAAAUCUCGGGAGCGGGUGAUCCGGUGAUCCAAAGUUCCCUCCUCCCGGGAAGGUCGACCUAACUCGGUGGAGCGCUGGAUCUGCCGAAGAACCGAGGCUUCGGUGGAGCCCUCCUUCCUCCUUGCCCUCGGGAGGAAGGGAGGUUCAAGGCCAGAGGGCUGGAGCCCGUCCCGGGGUUUAAAAAAAAAUACGUGUGCGAGGGUGGGCGGGAGAGAGGAAUCGGGCAGACGAGGCGGCGGCGGCGGCGGCUAGAUUUUUCCUUCGGUGGCGCCCGCAGGGCGUGUGGAGAGGACGGAGGCGGGGGGAGGAGGCGAGGCAGCUGCAGCAGCCGCUCCGACGGCUCGGCUCGGCUCUCCCGCCUGCCUGGAGACAGGCAGAGAGCGAGAGGAGGGGGGCAGCAACCAGCAGCAGCUGCGGCUCUUCUGCUGCAGGGAGGCGGCGGCGGCGGAGAUUGGCUGCUGCUAGCGCGGCCUCGGAAGAGCAGAUGGAAGGGGAGGGAGGGAGCGCAGAAGAGGCACCCGCAGAUCCCACCCCCUCGCCCGGCCUGCCUCUCCUCCACCCCGCCCCGCAGGCCCGCCUCUCUUCCCCACCCACGCUGGGCCAGGGAUCCUUGGGCUUGAUUCGAAGCCGAUCCCGCCCGCCCGCUUCCUUCUCGGCCAAACGAAUCGUUUCUUUUGCCUUCCCUGCAACCAGAAUCCCGGGGAUCUCUUCCUCCUCCCAAUCAGGUCUCUCGGCUUUCGUUUCUAUCCCCUCCCACUGUCGCUUCCCUUAUAUAACACUUCCUGCCCUCGCUCUUGAGGACUAGCGUGCCAGUUGCCCUUAAAAAACAAAACAAAAUACGGAUUCUCUACUCACUUAAUGCCCAUAUCCCUAAUUCUCUUCUCCUGUACACUCAACAAAGUAACCCCCUUCUCUUCAUUCUCCUGUUCCCCCCCCCCAAAAAAAAAUCAAGGUGAGAAAGUGGAACUCCUGGAAGGAUCAACUGGGCUGCACUAGAAAAUUUUGCAGAACAGGAUUCCAACCCCAGCUUGUCCUGUUUUACAUAUUUUUAAAAGAAAUUGCUAACUGGCCCAAGAUCACUUGACUUUUAUGGCAGAGUAGAUAAUCAAACUUAAGCAUCCUCGGUCCAAGUCAACACUCCAAACUCAAGACUACCCUGGCUGUAAUCCCACCCCGCCCCCCCCCCAAAAAUCCCGCUCCUGUGAUUUAUUCCACUAUCAAACAUUUUGCAUUCCCCUUUUAUGUGACAUAGAUCCCACUUUGGGGCCUCCCAUGCCUAGUGCUGUUGGAGGCCUUUUCUGUUUAGAGGAUCCCGCUGAGACCUACUUCAGCUGUGCAGAUUCCCCAACCCCAACUUUUAGCACACUUAGCCCCAUUUGUGAAAUGGAUUCCUUUCUAAAUCCAGAUUUAUACGCCAAUUAGAGCCGGAUUUAGGUUUGGUGAGGCCCUAAGCUACUAAGGUAAUGGGGCCCUUUAUAUGUCCAGCUGCCCUUUGUCAACAAAUGGUUGCUGUUUUUUGUGUUGAAUAAAUGCUAUUUGGUAAUUUAUGGACCUAAUUGGUAUCUAAAGCCCUUUGCACAUAACAAAAUAUGUAUUUAUCAAGGUAAUUGUUGAACUGAAAUACAAUUAAUAGGUUUUUUCUUUAAUUUUUUUGGGGGGGGCAAGAGAGUGGGGCCCUAAGCUAUAUCUUAUACAUAAAUCCAGCACUGACGCCAAUGAAUAGAUGUGCUGUUACAAUCCUGUAGGCCAAGGGGUAGACAGAUGUUGCUGGAGGACCGUUCUUAUCUCUUGCCGUUGGCCAUGAUAAGAUUCAGGGCCCAACUUUUCUCUAGGGAAAGAGAAUUCCAGAAUGUUCCUGUGGCCGUCUUUGGACAUCCGCUGUUUCCUCUGCCUACAGGAAACCUUGCCCUCCAUCCACCAGAGAAGAUAAUCCUGUUACUGUUCACAUAAUCACUUACCCAAGGGUGAAAGGAAAAUGUGUUGAGACCUUGAUUUUAUCAAAACUCCUUUCUUUUUUUAAAAAAACUCACUUGAACUUGCAGGUUCAAGUUCAUGAGUUGUUAUUCUGUGUGCAAACAAGCCCCCAGUUUUUGGAGGGGACGUGCUGGUGCUGUUAAGAAGGGCAGUAGCGGGAAAGCAGAGGCUGUAACUCCCGUUCGUUCCUGCUUUCAGUGUGAAAAGUGAUUGACGCCAUCGUGAAGGGGGGCGAGAGGGAGCUGGAAGGGGCAGACCCAGGAGGUGUCACCCUAGGGUCCGAGAGGUGGAGGAUGAACGGAGAAGCGGAUAGCCCAACUCACUUAGAAAUGACGGCCCCCAAAAACCAAGGUGAGAAGGUGGGAACUCCUGGGAGGGUCAAGUGGGCUGCGCCAGAAAAAUUUGCAGAACAGGAUUCCAGCCACAGCUUGAUCUAGUCUGCAUAUUUCUUAAAAAAGAAAUGGAUUGCCAGACAAAGUAAAUCCUUUAUAGAAGUCUGAUGAAUUAGCUUACUGAAUUUCUAGCCAGAUGGGAAUGCAGGAAGGAGUUUUCCUUUUUCAGCCAACUUGGUGCAAAGCUGUCCAUCUCUCUGCCACCCUAGUGCCCUGAUGGCAGUUUCUGGUUGUCUGUGGCUACCAAGCUAAGUGCUUAAAUAAAAGAAUACUUUAUUACUUCGUUCAUGCAUUCCUAGUCUCUUCUUGAGAAUAUGCAGGGCCUCCUCCCCACCCCCCACUCUAAUCGUAUGAUUUAGAAUAUAUUGAGGAUUUUUCUUGGUUGUGGAUAAAAGGUUGAUUAAACAUGAAAUUUCCAGACCCUUGGGGUUCAUGUUUGCAAGUGUUGCUGUUGAACUCUUUAUGGGCAAAGCUAAGACUUGCAUGCUGGGAUUUGUACUGUUUUGCUAUGAACAUGAAACCCUGUUGGCUACUGCUUUGCUGUUAUUUUAUAUAUGCUUCUAAAUCCUCAGCAAGAUACUAAGAAGAGUCUGUCUAAGGCUUGGUGAGGCGGAGGUAGCCUCUCUGUGCAUCAUUAUAUAAGCAUCCUUAUACUCCUGCGAAUUUUGAUACAACCCAGAUUUGAAAAAGAGCAAUUAGAUUCUUGCGUACAAAAUGGUAAAUAGUCUAAUUAGGGAGAUAAAAUGUUGCUUUCUUUAGGAUCCUUGAAAAGAGCUGUACAUUGCAAUAAGCACGUUUUUAAAUUAAAUUUUAUAUUUAAACAGUAUGUUGACUUAGUAAUAAGGCGCAUUGAAUUCAACAGGACUUACUCCCAGGUAAGUGUAUAUAUUAUUGCAGGCUGAGCAGAUGAUUUCAUUGGCUAAAAGCAACUUGGUGAUGAACCUUAGUAUCCCUAGUGUAUGCCAAAUGUAAUGUAUGAUAUACAGAGUAUAUGUUUCCCCUCCCCUCCCGCAGACCGUUGGACCCAGGAAGAUAUGCUCACCCUCUUGGAGUGCAUGAAGAACAAUCUGCCCUCCAAUGACGGCAGCAAGUUCAAAACCACCGAAUCCCACCUGGACUGGGACAAAGUUGCCUUCAAGGACUUUUCCAGUGAGAUGUGCAAGAUGAAGUGGAAUGAGAUCUCCAAUGAGGUAGUCUUUUUUAUACUUGAUAUGGGUCUGUGACAUGAAAUGUCGUCUAGCAUGAGGAUGGGGCGCUUCUGUUUGGGCUGGACUCUCUGGUCUGCUGCAGGGCUGCCUUGAUCUCAAUGCUGGGUCCUAAGACUUUGCCAGUGUGAUAGCAAGGCAGGUGUGCUGCUUCCUUCCCUGGUUCUUCUGUGUCUUCUGCCUUGCCCGUAAUGCUCUCCCUUCUUUAUCAGAUGCCCACAUCUUUUUCGAGUCCCUCUCCAUCCACAUACCACCAAAACUACCUGCCUCUUGCUGCCAGUUCCCAUCUGCCCGAUCACUCCUUAAUCACAUCCUCUCUAUCUCCUUCAUCUAUGCCUGGGCAGGCAAAGGGCUGGCCGGCUGCCUUCUUAUUAACUCUCCACAUCCAUGUCACAUUUUGGCCGCAGUCCUAGAUCCACUUACCCAAGAGCAAGCCCCAUUGAUCUCAGGAUUGCACUGUCGAAUGUCUUGAUGGUAUGAAUGAAACCACUAUCGCUACUACAAAGGCAGGCCUCAAGGAGAUUCUGUUUUUGACCAUUAAGUCAUUGUGCUUCAGUAAGAAAAGAAUUUUGAAGGGAGGCUGCAGCAGGAAGCUGAAGAACCGUGGCUGGCAGAAGACAGAUUGGGAUAUACUGGUAGAGAGAGAUCUGGGCAGGAUCUCUAGCAGCAGACCAGCAAGAGUUUCCAGCUCCCAGUAAUUAAAACAACAGCAACGAAAAGCGCAAAUUAGACUGCUGAAAUAAAUAAAAGCUUUUUGGGAAAACCAACCCCCUGUAACACUCAGUUCACAUUCCAAAAACAAAUUCCUGGGCUAAGCAUGUGUUCAAGGUACUCUCUUCCUUUAUUCUAAUGGCUAUUUUACACCGGGUUUAACUUGGUGGACUUUAGGGUGCCAGUAAAAUAACACAAAGUAGAUCCCACAAGGCUGAAGGUUGCUUACCCCAGCAUUAGAAAAUUUGUUAGGGUUGAAGUCGAGACAGAUGGCAUUUAGCAACGUCUUUCUUGCUGCAGAAAUUUAUUGUUCCACUUUAAGGUGUUAAAUAUAUUAUCUUUCUUGUCUUGCUAACUUAAAACCAAUAAUUACUAGUUAAUGUUACUGAUGAGCAACUGAUUUGAUCUUGUAUUUAUUUGAGUUGUGCAUAGAAAUGUUUCCUGCUCACUGCUAUUCUGUGUUUUUGGGUUCACUGUAAAAUCCUUUCACCCUAUGUACUAAUGCAAAUAUAAACUUAGGCAUUGACAUACUGCUUAAUCCCUUAAAGUUUAUUACAUUUCUAAGCAUAAAAAUGCAAAAUCUCUAAGGUGCUGUAGGAUUUUGUUAUUUUUGCUGGAACAGCUGUUCUCAGGAAUUUGCUGUUAAUGGCCUUAUUGAAACAUAAAACCAGGCCCUAGUUUGUUCAAAUGUGUGAGCUGAGCCCAGAAGACUAACCACAGUCAGUUAGCUGGCAACAAACCACAAAGUGAAGCAUGGUUUGCUGUUGGCUUCUGCGAGCCAUGACUUGUUUUAAUUAUGGCUUUGGUGUUAUGACCAAAACAAAUGGCCAUGCCUAACUAUGGUUUGUUUGCCCUAGUUACGCACCGAGCUGCGGGAGAUUAGGCUAGAACAGCUGGAGAACAAUCUUAAGUUUUGACAUGGUUUGCUUGAUCGUCUGUGAGAUAACUCAUGGUUGGUUAAGCAAGCCACGAUUAAAACAAACCAUGGAUUACCAUAAUGUGCAAACACAGCUAUUGUAUGUUUCCUGGCAGCUGUAUGCUAGAUGUUGCACAGAACAUAAAGGUGACAUGGUACCUUCCCCAGAGAGAAUACACUCCACAAUCAACGCCCCAGACACAUAGCUAAUUUUAGGUAGUUACUAGCAUAAUGCGCGAAUACAGCCAAUGUAUGUUUAGUGGCAGCUGUGUGCUAGGUGCUGUAUGAAAUGUAGAAGCAACAAAUUGCCUUCCCAUUUGACACUCCAUGAUGGAUGCCCCAGGCACAUAGGGGAUUGUUAGAACUAUUGAUGAAUCACCUGCUUGCUAAUGCAACAAAGCCAAUUUGCUUUUUGCCACAGACUCCAUUAAGAUGCCUGCUUUGAGAAUUAAAGGAUAUGUAAGAACUUAGGUAGUUCCCCCAUCCAAAUACUGAUCAAAUUGAGACAUGCUUAGCUGUAGCAAGGUGGUGGCUUCAUAAUUGGGGAUUUGUAUAAAAGUGCCCUUAGCUCUCAGUUCCGCUCACAAGUUCACUCAUUCAGUUGUGGUUGCUAUGGUGUGCUAGUAAAGACUUGCAGCCCUGGAAAUGGUUGACAAUGCUGUUCUCUCCCCCGCCUCUGGUUGCAUUUGCUGGUUGCUCCUGCAGGUGAGGAAGUUCCGAACCCUGACAGAACUGAUAAUGGACGCUGAGGAGCACGUGAAAAACCCAUACAAGGGCAAAAAGCUGAAGGUAAGCGUUGACUCAGUGAAGGGAAGGACUCAUGAGAGAACGUCUCCUUCUGAAUCCGGCUGGCUGCUCUGUUAACUUUCCCGCUUUGUUCCUGCGCUGCAGUGCUUAGCGGCCAAUGUUUCUUAACAUUGCUGACCCCCAUGCAAGUUCCCACAGGGCAGGGGUGGGUACUGAGAUGCCCUCCAGAUAAAUGGGACUACAGCUCCCAUCAUUCCUGAUAAUUGGUCAUGCUGGGUGGGGUGGUUGGAAAUUGUAGUCCAAAAACAUCUGAUGGCACCAUGGCAGCUGGUUCUGCCAUAGGGGAGAAAUGGUGGAAUAGUGCAGCUUCCAGGGUCACACACCUGUGCUAUAAACAAUCCUCAUUACACACACACACGUAUACACAUACACGUAUACACACAUGCAUUUCAAUUUGCAGUUGUUGAUAUGUGUAUCCCUUUAACAAUCAGCAAAGCGGUUUUUAAGAGUGCAGAAGGGUAGCACAAUUGUAUUGUCUCUCGCCCCUCCCCUCUGAAUUAAAGCACUUAAAACCAGAUUACUUCAAAGAAUGUGAAAAAUUGAGAAUGAGUCACUCCCAAAGCAUGUGCCAGGAAGGAGCUCUCUGGGGGCAGGCAGGUAGAAAUACAUGAAUGAGUCAAAGUUGCUAGAAGUUUCAAAGCAGCCAUCUUUAACAGGAACCUGCCCACUGCAGCCUAUUCUUUUUAUUUUAUUUUAUUUUAUUAGUUAUACCUCGCCCAUCUGGCUGGGUUUCCCCAGCCACUCUGGGUGGCUUACAACAUAUCUAAAAACAUAAUAAAAACAUCCUUUAAAACUUGGAUGUCUUCUAAAAGUCAGAUAGUUGUUUGUUUCCUUGACAUCUGAAGGGAGGGAGCCACUACCGAGAAGGCCCUCUGCCUGGUUCCCUGUAACUUCGCUUUGCACAGUGGGGGAACCAGCAGAAGACCCUCGGAGGAGGACCUCAAGUGUCCUGGCUGAGCGAUGGGGGUGGAGAGUCUCCUUCAGGUAUACUGGGCUGAGGUUGUUUAGGGCUAUAAAGGUCAACACCAACACUUUGAAUUAAUUUGGGCAUGCAAAUCACACAAACAGCAAUCAUGUAGGGAGGGAGAGCAGGGAUGGCCACAUGUGGCGGGGGCACAUCUGUUGAGGGGAGCUCUGCUGCAGACAUACCCCUUUAGUAUGUGGGCGAUAGAGGUGAGACCAGGGGGGAUGGCCCUGCUUUGGCUCCAUUCUGUAGCUUUCUGUGCAGUUUGCAUGCUGGAAUAGGGCUUUUGUCUCUGCAUGAUCUACUGCUUUGGUCUUCCCUUCAGCCAGUCAGCAUCUGAUGAGGGGUAGACAUGUUUGCCACACCUGUGCCUUGGAUGCCACCGGAUCAUUCAGUACUCUCCCAGAUGAAGAGAUUCAGCAGAAUUCACCCCUGCACACUUGCAUUUCUGCAGGGUUACGACUCUGGGCUUGCCUCCUUCCAUUCAGGAGUCCUGCUUGAGACACAGUCCCUCACAAAAGUACAGAAAGAGGGCAGGUGACUGUGAGCAAAAUCUGAGCAUUGUGUUUGGUGACCCGCUUCUCUUUCCCCAUGCUGCCACAAGUCAUAUUCUCUCUUUCAAAGAGGAUGAAGUGAGGUUCAUUCUAUGAAAAGGCCAGAAUCCAAACUAGAUAGAAAACAGGAGGAGGAGAAGAAGAAUACCCCACCUUUUUCCCUGAGGGGGCUCAAGGCAGCUUAUAUAUAAAAACAAGAGCAGCUGAAAACAUAGAGGAAACAAUAAUUAAAAAGCAAUUACAUGUUGAUGGAAUUAAAUCUAUAUUAUUAUUAUUACUAUUGCAGUGCUCUGGUUAACAGGCUACUUUUGGUGGAAGUAGAGUAUUGAAAGGGUUGCCUGUUGACCAGGAAAAGAAUGGGUUGGGUCUGCUUUUGUUUCUUUCUAACAGCAGCUUUAAGUGGCAGAGAUUAGCAAGAAACUUUCAUAGAAAAAAGCAUUACCGCCAAUACGUGUCUACUCACAACGGUUUAGAAGCUAGAAGAGGUUAGAAAGCUGACAGGCCUACAUAUCAUUCCACGGUGUAGAGUAAAACAAAAUUGGAACUCCCUUUCAGCUUCGUUAGGCCAGCCUAAAUGUCACAAAAUUAGUCUGCAAGCUUUUGAGUUCCUCAGAACACUUCAUCAGGAUAGUGAAUUAUGUGUGUGUAGGGAGAGUUGAUGUAGAAUCCGUGGAGUCAGCCUUUAAGAUGAAAUGUGGAAGUCAGGCAUCCAAAUGAGGCUUUCUCUUGGAGCUCUGCAGAUUUCAGGUUGCACCAAAUGCCGCCAAGGGCUUCUGGGAAGAAAACACUUUCCCCCUCUCCCCUCCCCUUCUUUUGUUUGCAGUCUAUCCUAAUGAAGGGUUCUGGAGAAAAAUUUCAUGCUCUUUUGUGACAUUUAGUUGGUCUUUAAUAAAGGUAUGGGCCUAACAUCAAUUUUAGAUUUACCCUUUUGUGUUGCCCGUAUCUGUUGUUCUUCCCUGAGUGCUCAUGCACUCUGAAGACUGCCUGAGGUGCCGUUUGGAAGAUUUACACCCCCACCCAAAACCUUGGCACCCAUUUUCUGAGUCAUUCUUAUUUGGAGCACUGCCAGUUGCUCGAACUGCUGGUUUUCAGUCAGAGCUGUUUUUUCAACACCUGUACUUUUCUCUUCUUCUUUGGGCGUUUCCUGUUUUAGGAGGUCGCAAAAUGAAAAUCGAAUUUCUCAGAUCUGCUUUUCGAACAAAUGGGACGGAAGCACAAAUCGGGGGGGGGGGGCUUGAACCCCAGGCAUGGUGCCCUGCGCAUGCAUUUUAGCCACGGCAACCGUAUUUCUUGCAGUUCCCAGGCGUGGCCCUGUCAACCAGGCAUUAAAGAAACUAUUAAGAAAAAUCUGUAACUGAGAGAUACCAACUUUUUAUUUUUUAUUUCUUAGAUUUAUACACCACCCUUCAUCGUAAGAUCUCGGGCCGUUCACAUAAUAAAAUACAGAAACAAGUAAAUGAGUAAAACAAAACAGCUAAACAAUAACCUCCCACUGACACCUUUAAAAGACUGUAGAAUAUUAAUCAACCUGAGGACUGAUUAAAGAGGAACAUUUUUGCCUGGUGCCUAAACUACUAUAAUGCAUCCUCUCUUUAAAAUGUUUAUACCCUGCUUUUCCUUAGAAAGGUUUAAGGCAGCUCACAAACAGGAGCCAUAAAAUUGAAUGAAAUCAGAAGACACAUUUGAGAGGAGUUGAAGUAGAGUUGCUCCAAGCUGUUGCUCUUGAGCCCCUCUGCAUGAGAAGUAGGACGUUCACAUAGAAUCUUAGAGUUGGAAGGGACCCAAGGGGCAUCUAGUCCAACCCCCUGCAAUGCAAGAAUCUCAGCUAAAGCCAAGUGUUUACCAGCCAUGUGUUACAACAGUGAGUGGCUGGGUGGCUUGUGGGACCCAGGUCCUCACUGCACAUUGCAGCCAUGCCUUCUGUCAUUGGUGCUCAGGGUGGAAAUGCUUCCACACCAGAUGGCUCUCCUCAUGUGUGCUGGUGGACUUCCUCCCUUCCAGUGUAUAGAUGCUCUGCCUGCGCAUUGCAGUGAGGUCAGGUGACAUGGCCACUGCAUGGCUCUAUGUGGUGCUUUGAAGUCCUGACAACCAGCCGAUUGUCGGGACAUCAAAGCACCACCCAGAGUUCUUCGCAAGCCCCUGCAUUUUGGCCAAGCCCAGAUGCCUGUUUACCUGCCUAUCUGUGACAUUGGGUAAUUGGCAGGUGGGCUCCAAAGGCCUAACAGGCCUUGAUGGGUCAUCGGGUUUCGUUCAGAUGCAGCUUACCCUGCUGCUACCGGACACUUUAAGCUGGAGGUGCCAGGGAUUGAAUCUGGGGCCUUCUGCAUCUUCAACUGAGAUACAGCCUCUACCUUUGGAACACUAUGGGAGCAGGGGCAGUAUCUUGGACUUAAUAUUUGGCCUCUUAAUGGCAUUUUAACACAGAAGGAAUCUUAACUUGCCUUUUCCUCAAAGCCUUUGCAUUGUUUUCUCCCCCAGUCCCUUUAUUGCAAAUAAGCCAAAGUAUGUGUUGUUGAAAUAGUCGUGAAUUCUUCCACUGCCUUGCAUCGGCUGUUUCCAUAUUUAUUUUGUUAGACAGCCCCCACUUGAGGUAGGGGGCCUGUUCUUUGUAAACUGUAUACAUAGAUGACGCUGUGUAAAUAACACUGAUACAGUUUAUGUGUGCUGACCUAUCUUGUGAAUCAAUUUAAUCUGGCUCAAGCAGGGACUGAGUCGUUUACAAUAUUAAAAGAAUUAAGAAAAAUAGUGGUGAAAGAAAUGGGCCACUAAAAGCCAUCUCUAAAAUCCUUUUGCUUUUUAAAAAAAUUAAAAAAACAACAACACCUGAUUCACUUGCUUUCUGCAGCUUGUUUUAGUCUCUUGCCCUCUGGAGAAUCCCUGUCUCCAUUCACAACCAUUCACAACUGUUGCCCCUUUAAGCUCAUGUCCGUGACUAGCCAAUUAUGGUGGAUCUAAUUCAUUAACCUUUUCUCAUCUUUUAGUUCUGAUUUAAUUCUUUCUAUUCACUUUCUGAUUGGGGUGGAGUUUGUGGGCGGGAGAAAAACCCCCAAACAUAUUUUUUUUCUCAUUUGCUAUGAGGGAAGGUCUAGUUGCUGCAGUGUGAAUAGGGUUACAUGGGAAUGAUUUGCUUCUGAAAAGUACUAACAAGAUUUGGGGUGAGAAACCUGCAUCUCACUGCCCUUUGGUGUAGUUCCAUGGGGCUGCCUGCAAGUGAUCAAUUCAGCCCUAUGUUAGUAGGGAGCAAAAAUGAUAGGAGAAUCCAUUUCCCCCGCAAAAAAAUACAUUGGGGAGCAUGCGCACACACAGAACAAAAUGGAGAUGGCGUGGAAUAGAAAGAGUCACGCGAUGCUAAUUUAAAAGCAGCAACACGUUUUGCGAACUUCUGACCAGGCAGGCUCAAAACAAUAAACCUUCAUUGUUGUUUCCUUUCCUGUCCCUAUUCAGAAGCACCCCGACUUCCCCAAGAAACCUUUGACUCCAUAUUUCCGUUUCUUCAUGGAGAAGCGAGCAAAGUAUGCUAAGCUGCACCCGGAAAUGAGCAAUCUGGAUCUCACCAAGAUACUAUCCAAAAAGUAUAAGGAGCUCCCUGAAAAGAAGAAGGUGAGCAAAUGAACAUGGAGGCUGUGGAAAGUGCCGCAUAUGAGCAUCUGCUGGGAUGCAGUUCUCUGUGCUAUGGGGAGCAUCCUAGUGCUUGCAGCAGCAGCAGCAACAGCAACAGGGUGUGCAUAUGAGAGAGAGAUAGAAACCACCUCCCCUGUUCUCCUUGGAGAAUUUGGUACAGCUUGUUCCCCUUUCCAGGCCAGCUUUUCCCAGCUUGGGACUGGUGGGAAUUGUAGUCCAAAGCAUCUGGAAUGUGCUGGGUUGGAGAAGGUUACUUUGCAGAAGGCAGCGUCAGCAAUGUGCUCUUGGGAGUCUUCUGCAAAAGGGCCUUCUGCAAGGAAAAGUCCCUUCCCUCAGUUACCCUGCAUUGUUCAGAAACCAAGCCAAAAUGUAUGACAACCCCCCCCCCCCACCCAAUCAUUUGGCUGCUUCCCUUCAGUUGCAGUUUGGCAAUGGCUGGAAAUGUUUAGGGCCUUGAAAGUGGAAUUUGCUUUACUGCGAAAGCCCAUUUUAUAGUAUACCAUCGUUCUGGGAUGACUACUCCCAGAACUCACUUCGACCACUUAUGGGUUGUAGUCAGCUAAGCCCUAUUCAGAGUUGGUCCCAUGAAAUAAAUGAUCCCAAAGUUAGUCAUGUCCAUUAGGAGGUCAGCUCUGAAUGGGGCUAUUGAAGAAUGCCACCUUGCACUUUUACAUAUUCAAGGUGGGUUAAUUGGGAGGUUGAAGUGUCUGUUUUUAGCUUAGGGAACACAUGUACUGCUUGAUGUUUCUUUUAGCAAAAAUGGGUUCCUAGGUGCCAUCUUACCUUUUUGCCACCUUCCAGUUUCCCAGCCUUGAAUGAUGUAUGGCAGGGGUGCAGGAACAUCUGGCCCUGAGGCGGGCUUUGUGCCUCCUCUUUAUUGAGCCCUCGGGCCACUCUGUAGGCAGCCCCUUUUCCCCCAGGCCACAUCCUUCCCUGGCCCUGCUCCUAUUUCACCCUCGCACACAUGCUUUUGCCUGGCUGACUUACGGCCUUGAGCUGCAAUAGUGCCUCUUUGCUUGCCUGGAUGGAGAGAGGGGUGUGUGCAUUGUAUAUAGAAACCUGCAUGACUGCAAGGCAAGAGUCACAACUGUAGACCCGCCCGCUUUUGCUUUUGGCCCUGCCAACCACCUGCAUGUGGCCUCUGGAAGGUUGCCCAUGAGGGAAUGUGGCCACUGGACUGUAAAAGGCACCCCAUCCCUGAUGUGAGGUGUCUUCUCCACUAUGGAGGCCAGAGAGAGCAAGAGGCGUCUGUCUCUGAAUGGUUGUGUUCGCUUUUUCCACCCCUCCUAGUCUCCCUCCCAAGGGGUUGAGAACAUUCAAUGGUUUCCCCAAAGAUGGCAGUUCAUCUGUCUGUUUAACCCUCAUGCCACUACUUGCCUGCUCAUGCCGCUCCCAGAGACUAGCAGAUGGCACAGGGCUUUGUUGUGUUUCCUUGGCUUGCUGAGGGUCUAGGCUUUAAAAGUAGCAGGAAGGAGGUGGUCUCAAGGAAUGGAGGAGGGCCCAAAGAGCUGCACAGUUCUGCCCCCUCCUGCUUCAUGUGUUAGACAUGUUUUAGUGUUGUGGCUGUUCCUGGAAACUUGUCAGCUUUUCCUGUCUCACCUGUAGUCAACACCUCCCCCCCCUUUUUUUGUUUGUCUUCUAGAUGAAGUACAUCCAAGACUUCCAGCGAGAGAAACAAGACUUUCAGCGAAAUUUGGCAAGAUUUAGGUAAGAGUUAUCUAAGCAAUAGCUUCACCUUUUGCAUGUCAGGCGUGGCUGUGGAUUUCAGUUGUAGACAUGUACCAAAAUUUACUUACGUUAACUUUGCUGCAAAAAGCUGCUUUGUUUUGGUGAUAAGGGACUAAAAAGGUGCAUAAUCUGCAAUGUAGGAACCUCUUUUCUUUCCUGUCUGGAAACCUGGGUCAACAAAUAGCAAAAUUCACAAAUGAAUAUAUUCUUCAGGCAGGUAGAAUAAUUUCCAUCUGAAAGGGUACCUUCUUAUGAGAAGAGCCUGAAUCAAAUUAGCGGUUCCUUUCAGUGUUUGAGAGGUGGGGAUGAUGCAUGGGGCUUUAAAGGAAGUGGAUAAUGUGCUUCUGUGUUUCGUAUGUUUCUGGUACUGCCACUGCCUUACCAUUUCGCCCCCAUCCCGUUACUUUUGCUCUGUGAAGGGAAGACCACCCAGACCUCAUUCAAAAUGCCAAGAAGUCUGAUAUCCCAGAGAAACCCAAGACUCCUCAACAGCUCUGGUACACUCAUGAGAAGAAGAUCUACCUGAAAGUGCGCCCUGAUGUAAGUAGGUGGUGUAAGAGACUUGAAUAAGGAGAGCCCACGAGAAGGAGGAAAAGUGGGUGGGGAUUUUUUUUGGGGGGGGGAGAACGACGACACACAGCUGUGUUCUUGAAAAGGAGGACAAUGAAGGAAUGUAAGGAUUCUGUUCCCAGUAAAUCCAGAUUUUGCUCUUAGACUGAUACACUGACUUAAUUUUAUUUCUGGGUACUCCACUGUGUUAGUACCACUUUACAGCUGGAGCAGAAACAAGUGGCAAAAGACUCGUCCGAUUGGGCCGCCGAUGGGAUAUCAUAUUUUGAAUUUUAUUUUUUAAACCUUCAUUUCACACAACCCACAUGUUAGAAGGAAAUGUUCCUUGUAAGCAAUGCUAUUUUCCUAUGUAAAGGGGAAUAAUAAUAAUAAUAAUAAUAAUAAUAGAGGAAGUUUUCAAAUAUGCAAUUCUUCCCCCCAUUGAAAAUCUAGAAAAAGCUUUGCCUCUUGAUUCUGCUGAGUAUAUAAUGCAGUUCCCCAAGGUGCUUUGGACUACAGCUCCCAUCAGCCCCUACCAGCUUGGCUGUGGUGGCUUGGGCUGAUGGGAGCUGUAGUCCAAAGCAUCCAGGUUUGAGGAAAGCUGGUGUUACCUGUUCCUGAGAGAGCUAGAGAAGUGAUGGGGGGAAAUAGCAAGUGAAAUGAUCAGGAAAAUGGAGGAGCCCCUUUUUAAUGAAACAAAGGCUUAGGAAACUGAUCCGGUAAGAAUUUAGGGUGAUCCAGUUUUACAUCGCGGGAAAAUAAACUGUGAAACUCACUGCCACAGAGUGUUGGUGAUGAUUGAUAGACAUAAAUGGCUUUGAAAGAAUUGUAGGCGGUUCUGUAGAUACUAUUAUUAACAGUAGAGUGGGUUGCCAGAGACAAAGCACCACCAAUGCCAGUGGCUUGAGGACAAACAGGAAAUCUCAUUCUCCAGCUUGCCUGCAGGCAUCUAGAGGGGCUGAUAUUGGAGACAGCUAGGCUAAAUAAAUCUGAUCCAGUCCUUAGUGUUUGUGUGUAAUGUUUGCAUGUGGUUUGUUUAGCUUUGUAUUCACUGCUGCUGUAAUUCAUAUCUGGAUAUUUGGUCCUCUGGGUCAGAAACUGGAAUAGAGUGAGGAAAAGGACAUGAGACUAUGGCCCAUGAGGGCUAGAAAUAGUAUUUAAAAAUAAACAUUUUAGGUUCUCGGGUUGCCUUGUUUGAUGCUAGAUAUCAGAUUCUUAUGUAGCAAGUAAGCAAGCCCAUAGAUUGCAAAUUUAUAUAUUUCCUGUGUAUUGGGCUUUUUCGCUCCCUUUAAAGGAGCCUGAGGAAAACUUUUUUUUCUAACUUGCCUUUCCAAAAGUGUAGCUUAGCUCACUGCCGUACCAUUAGGGUGGGCAGUCCAUCCCCUUUUGCUUCCUCCCCUAUUUUUUCAUUUUUACCUAUUUUUUUAUUACUAUUAUUAUUUCCCCUUCCUCACCUGGGUUUUUCAGGCCACCACGAAGGAGCUGAAGGAUUCGUUGGGCAAGCAAUGGUCUCAGCUCUCGGACAAAAAAAGGCUGAAAUGGAUUCAUAAGGCUCUGGAGCAGCGGAAGGAGUAUGAGGUAGGGAACACUCAACAGUUCCCCUCCAUCUUCUCCCCCCUGUGCUCAGCCCGGCCUUGUCGCAGCUGUAGAAACCCAGCCGCGCUCCGAGAGCCGACUUCUGGGCAUCGCUCCCUCAGAAGGGAGUUGCAAAGCAACUCCUCCUCUGCUUCUUCUGCCAAGUGUUUAAAACUGGUCAGGGUAGCACAGGCGGGCCCCCCCUCCUACCCUGUCCACAACCCCAGAGCCUAGGGAGGGUAUUCUACCAGCCUGCCUCUGCCACGCUAAACGCCCCGUGUGUUUUCUGUCCACAGGAAGUGAUGCGGGAUUAUAUCCAGAAGCACCCAGAGAUGAACUUUGAGGAAGGUGCACCCCCUCGCUCCACCCUGACUAAAGCGGAGAGGCAGCUGAAGGACAAGUUUGAUGGGCGACCCACCAAGCCACCUCCGUAAGUUGCCGUGCCCUUGAGAAUUUGGUUUGGUAGUUGGGGAGGAGUUGCUAGGGCACUCGGGCAUUUCCACAUUGGUAAAUGUAAUUCAUAUCGGGCUGGAACUGUAUGCCAAUAAAAAUAUACCCAGUUUGGAGGACGACAUCUGCCAUCCACCCAAUGUCUGCUUGUUGUGGGAAGAUGCCCAUACAUUAGACUUAAGACUGGGAUGGACGCAGGUUCAAAGCCCUGCUCAGACAUGAAGCUCACAGCGCAUGGGCCAGUCACUGCAAAGUUAAAAUCUUCUUCGCAGGACUCCUGUGAGGCUAAAAUGGGGGUGGGACACAUGCUAUCUUGGCUGCUUAAAUGAAGACGAGAUACAAAUUUAUUGAGUUACCCAAGACUGGACACUCACUUCUCCUUGUGUCCAUGCUCUCCUCACUUGAUGAAAGGAGUCUUUCUAUUGGAAGCUUCCUUGAGUCCCUGCCUGACAUUCAACACUGAGAUCGGAGAGGUUCAUCUCACAUGUGCACAUAAACACACCCUGGUAGGACUCUCCUUUCAGCCUGCCUCAGCUGGUUGCUCAGGGUAUUGGAAGGAGAUUGACAAGUUCCCACACUUCUCCAUGACCACCAUCACUUGCAGGCUUCCUGUGAGAUUAGCUGAGGAGUUCCUCUUCAGGAUCUCCCUUCAUACAGCUCUCUUGAGUUGUGUGUUUUUUCCUGAUCUGCUACCCAUCUUCAUACCUAGGAGUAGGCCUUUCCUCGUGGGGAAGCCUUUGCUUUCAGUAAGUGUUAGGUGAUGCUGCUGGCACGUGGGUUGUUCUGGGGUUGUCCCCUCCUCCUGAGUCAUGUGCUAGGAAAACACAGUUGCCCACCAUUUUUGUACUUGGGCUGCUGUUCACCUCUUGAAUCCACCCCACUGCUUCACUCUCCUCUGGAAGUAUUUUCCUGCAUUCCACAGCCUCAGUGCAGAGGAGGCUCCCUGAAACCCUGAUGCAAAAGCCAAUUCAGAUAUCCUUGCAUUGCUGGUUUUCUCUUGAUUUCCUGCCAAUGUGUCAAGUAUUAAAUGGAUGUCAUUUAUGUUGUAGUUCCACACAAUAUCUAUUGUAUUUUCUAGUCAUUUUUUAUACAGUGGUACCUUGGGUUACAUACGCUUCAGUUUACAUACGCUUCAGGUUACAGACUCCGCUAACGCAGAAAUAGUACCUCAGGUUAAGAACUUUGCUUCAGGAUGAGAACAGAAAUCGUGCUCUGGCGGCACAGCAGCAGCAGGAGGCCCCAUUAGCUAAAGUGGUGCUUCAGGUUAAGAACAGUUUCAGGUUAAGAACGGACCUCUGGAACAAAUUAAGUACUUAACCAGAGGUAUUACUGUAGUUGGAAGCCAUGCCAAGCAGUGUGUAAGGGUUGAGGUAUGAAUCCUGAUAUCAAAUAAAUAAAUCCAUUGACUUAACUUUUUCUCUAGAAACUUGGGGUUCUUGAUCAAGGCCACAGAGUUGUCUCAUGUUCAGGGUUGUACUAAAAAGAUACUAAAAUUCUGUGCCAAGAGAAAUCUAGCAGCUUGAACUGUAUAAGCUGAUUUGCUCAUUUCUCUUAAGCUGCAGGCUGCUCCUUACUUGACUGAACGCUCUUCCAUUUUUAUUUUUAAAAAACCAUACACAUUUUUUUUCUUGGUACGUUUAUAUCUAACUUUCUUUCCAUCAUGGAACUCAAAGGAGGGUACAAGGAGUUCCCAGUUCAGUCUCUCAUCCAGGCAAUGACCUGCCCCACACCUCCUUCAGCAAGGUGUCCGCAUCAUCUACCUUCAGACCAUGCCUUGGAAGAAAAUUAUCAUCUCUAGAAAAUGCUAAUGAGAAGGCAAGGCUAGAAUCCUGCUCUGAAGUCUUCGGUUUUUUACAUGGAGUGAUUUUUAUUUAGGGUUAAUUCUUCAAACAUUUUUGGAUGACUGUGAAAAAUACCCUGAUUUUACUUGGGUAGCAGAUUAAGCUUCUUUUUAAAAAAUAAGUGAUUAUUUUAAUGCAGGUACAUAGAAAAGCAGUAAGUGGCAGGUGCCAUCUCAGGGGAGACUUCUCUCAAACAGGAGGGGUGCCUUUUAUAUGAUGGUGCCUGCUAUGACACAUAUCAAUUAAUUUUAAAAAAGAAAACAGUAGGGUUUUCCCCCUUGUUUUCCUGUUUAUGGACAUUUAUGCAGAUUUAAUCUGUUGAUUUGGCGUGCAUUCCUACUCCCACUUAAUGUGGGAGUAAGCCCCAUUGAAUUCUAUAGGACCUACUUCCAAGUAGACAUGGUUAGUUUUUUCCAACUGCACCCCUGCAGCAGAAAGCCAAGUUAUGGGGAGAGAAUUAAAAGAGCAUUCUGAAAGAGCUGAAAAGGCCUAUUUGUCCGGCAAAACCAGGAAACUUCAUAAACUGGAAGCAGUUUGUGUUCCUCACCCAACCACUUCCUUUCACAACACCCAUGUUUAAGAGGGCUGUGACAUUUUAUUUGGCUAGUAACUUUUGUGUACUUACGACCAAGACUGCCUUCGGAAUUGGCUGGGGGAGAAGGUCCAGAGUAACAAAAAGGGGGGAAACCUGGGCUUGGGCCUGAGGGAAGUUUAAGAGGGUAUUUUCUCUCUGUUGAUUAUGUCCUUCAACAUCUUAAUCCCAAGCCAAUAAUAAAGGCUUUAGAGCUCAAAAUCCAACAUCAUGAAUAAGACCCAGAAAUCAAAAUUGGGAAUUUGGAACCAGUGAGGCAAAAGUGGGUAAGUGGGUAGCAUAGUAGAUGUGACUCUUAAACUUUGUACAGUAGACAGCACUGAACCCAUGCGAAAGCCAAUGACAUAUACCCCUAUUUAUUCAUAUAAUCCACAUUAUUGCAUUCAUAGUAAGGGUUGGUGGUGGAAAUUAAGACCCCCCCCAAAAAAAUAAAUAAAUGUGUGGUGGUGGUGGGUUAUGAGACUGUGGGAGAAGCACUUCAGGCAGCAGUUUUGUGUGGCUUAUUCUUAUGUUUACAUAAAUUUCCCCAAGUGCUAACUUAAUGGGUUGGUGCUAUAUAAAAGGAAAUUGCUGUUUUAGGAAUAGUUACUCGCUUUACUGUGCUGAACUGAUGGCAAACAUGAAAGAUGUCCCAAGCACAGAACGGAUGGUGCUCUGCAGUCAGCAGUGGAAGCUCCUUUCCCAGAAGGAAAAAGACGCCUACCACAAAAAGUGUGAUCAGGUGAGCCUGGCCCUUAUAAGGGUGUGUCGAAAAAGGAAAAGGAUUAAAAAUAAUGCCUAGAGACAAAUUAUGGGUAGACUUUAGUGGUUCUAUAUAUCAGGCAGGUUCCAGCUGUUACUACAAACCCUGCUGCUGAUAAUGGAUUUCAUUUACCUCAGUUUGGGGGUGCAGUUUUGUUUUUUAAGCCACCCACAGAUUUGGUUUCUCUGAUUUGCUGGGUGCGAGCAAAAUGCUAUCUUCCCCAGUGUUUGAACAGAGUAUGAAAAUCAAGUUUGUUAUCCUUUGAAGUAACCAAGAAAACAAGCACAAGGACAGGCAAGUGACGGGUUGGGGUUUUUUGUUCUUGUUUUUAAAAAAGCAAAUCAGUUGGUCACUGCCACUCCUCUUGCCUCAGAUAACUUGGCUGAAAUUGCAGUCUUAUUCAGACUGCUUUUCUUCCCUGUUUUUGUUUGUUUUAAAUGGUGGUGCUUUUAGUAACUUGCAGGGGGAUGCAGUCUGCCACCCAUCCUCAAGCCCAGGCCCUGUGUGAAGUUCAUCCUGGAUGUGGAGAAGCAAAACUCGCAUGAAUUCUGCAAACAAGCAGAAGACCCCUGAAAUUUGGAGAUUAAAAAUGCCCUUCAAUGGUGGAGGAGACUUUUCUUUAUAUGGGUUGCUCCUCCUGCCUGUUUGGUCAGGCAUGGCCAUGUCUGCCCUUGCAGUUUUUCCUUCUUCCUGUGGGAGGAAGCCCCACCCAGUUGCAGUCCUGCCUGCUCCACAGCAGCAGAUGGUUUUUUUCUAGAGCUCUGGCUCCUCUCAGAGGCUGAAAUAUUUGGAAAGGAAGAGGAGUCCAGUUUCUUAAUUCAGUGCUGGUCAGAAGGUAGAUCAAGAUCUACUGAACGAUCUUUGGGUUGCUUGAAGUAGAUCUGCAGGAAUUUCUAGCUUAACACAUGGCAGGAAGAAAAUCAAUUUAUCCGUGCCCUAAAUUGUAGUCCUGAAAUGGGUGUGUGGGGGAGAGGCAACCAGGAGUUGGUUUUUCUGUGGCAAGACUGAGCUCACUUCAGUUUUUGUACUUAAAUCUCUGGGUUCAGAAUACUUUUAAUUUCUACGCCUUUCGCACAUGGCUUCAGUUGUUACAAAAGAAGCAACAAACAAACAAACAAACAAACAAACAAACCCAAAGCUGAUUGUGCAGACCUGAAGUCUGGCUCAACUCAGGGCAGUUUACAUAAGUUUCCCAUUUAUCGGGGAUUAAUUGAUUGUCUCUGUUAAUUGUUUUCUGGCGUUGAUUGAUCUAAUGCAUUUAUCAACUGCGAAUUGCCUCAGAAUCAAUUUCCCCUCAGCCUUGAUGAGUUGCUGUUUAAAUCAUCGGUAGCUGCGCUUGUUUAAAAUUCCCUCCAACCUGAGAUGCAUCCGUGGCAAGCAAACAAGCUUUUCUAGGUGGCAGAAAAGAUUGCCUGCUCUUGAGUCUGGAGAGGGGGAAAGCUAAGACAUGUGAUGGAGGGUGUCGAUGCAAGGACAAGGACGAGAGGGUUUUUUCCAGCGCUUCAAGUGGCCAAAUGUUGAGGAGAAUUCCCUGUGCUUUAUCCAGCUGUACCAGCGCUAAACCUCCAGACUUGGAGACUUAUUCCUCUUCUCCUGACACACAAAAAUCCCCUCAAAUUUUUAAUAUGACAGUUACAGUGGUUCUAUCGAUAGUCCAGGCUUUGGGCCUGCUGCUGCCUGUUCCUUACUACUUGAAGCUGUGGCGGCCAUUUUAAGCAGCUCAGCUCUCCUCAGCAGUGACAGUGUGAGAUAAUGGUGGAUUCUCCUGUCUCUUUGGCUGCUUUAACUAGGGCCUUUUCUGAGGUGGUUAUAUCCCACAGGUGGCAGGACCCCAUUUCCCUCUUGAGUCCCAGUCCCCCAGUCCUUGUUCAAAAUGGCAGAGUUGCUUCGUCUUGAUUUUUGGAAAAGGGUUAAGAAGCCUGUUGUGCAUCUGUGAAGCUGAGCCCUGGGGGAGAGGGUGCCAUUUGAAAAAAUUGUCUCUCUUCCUCCGCUCCUUGUCCAGGGGUUGCAAUCCUCUACCAUCAUCAAAGGAAUCUGGGGGAUUCCUCAGACCCUUUUAGCAUUUGUAUGAAUAAGACUACUCAAGCGCGUGACCCAUAGAUGACAACAGAAAUCCCCUUAAGGUGGUUUCUGUGCCUGGAAAGGAUUUCCUCUAGUUGGGCUACUGAUAAUCAGUACUUUCCUAUCAAUGUGAAACUGUCUUGUAUCUUUUGAACUCAGAAAUGAUACAUGAAGAAGGUGUGGUUUGACCUUCCCUAGUUUGUAGAGAAAGCAGUUAUUUACACGUAUGCAUGUGGGUAUGCUGACUGAAUAAUUUACUUUCUGACCCUCCAACUAAUACUCCUUCAUUAGGUGAGGGGAACAAAUCUAGGAUUUCUUCCCUUGAGUUCUUGCCUGUGUCGUCCUCUUCCCUCCCCCCUCCCCAUUCACAUUGCUUUCCAGGGACAAUUUUAACCUACAUUUGAAUCUGAACGAUCCCUUUGUUUGACAUUCAGUGGACAAUAUUCCAGAGCAGCUUUACAUUGAAAUAAACAUAUUGUAAAACAAGAAUAUAGUAGUGCUCGCUUCGGCAGCACAUAUACUAAACAAGAGUAUAGUAUAGUAUAGUAUAGUAUAGUAUAGUAUAGUAUAGUAUAGUAAAAAUAUAAAUCAGAUAAAGCAGUAAAAAUACACAACAGUAUUAAAAAUCAGCAAAAGCACUGUAAAAACUGAAGAAUGAAGCUUCAUUCCUUCCUUCCAGAAGCACCGACCAAAAGGGAAGGAGUUCGUACAACUUCUUUGGGGAGAGAAUUCUACAACUGUGCCAUUGAGAAGCCCCUGCUCCUGCUACUUGUCAAUCUGAUAUUUGCUCAUGAUGGGCUGGAGAGCAGGACUACUGUUGCUGAUCUUACAGCCUGGGCAGGUUCAUGUGGGUGAAGGCAGUCCUCAGAAUAACAUGGGUUCCAGGCAGUUUAGGGCUUUGAAGGUUAUUACCAGUAUUUAAACUUGAAUCUGGGAAUGAAUUGAUAACCAGUGCAGUUGUUGUAGGAUAGGUGUGAUAUGGUCCGAUUGUAGUUUCUGAAUUUGCUUUUGAGGUUAGCCCCAUGUAGAGAGCAUGGCAAUAAUCCAGGCUGAAUGUGACUAAAGCAUUGAUAAUUGAAGCCAGACCCACUUUCCCCAGGUAGGUCUGUAGCUGGUGAAAAGCUCUACCACCUACCAACAUCAGCCAACGCAAGGAUAAUGCUGGACUCAGAAGCACUUGCAGGUUGUGUACUUGGUCCUUAAGGGUAUCUAAAGUUGUGGGAGUGCAACCCAAUCCAAAAGAUGACAUAGCCUCUGCCCAGAUCAACAAACUUCCUGACCAGUACUACUGUCUUGUUUGGAUUAAGGUUCAGCUUUUCCAACCCUCAUCUAAAUUGGGGCUGCCUUCAAACUCUGGUACAGAAAUUCUGCAUCUCCUUAGGAUCAGGGGAUGGCAACAAAAGGACUGGGUGAUCUGCAUAAUGUGAACACUUCAACCCAAGCCAAUGGAUGACCUCACUCAGUGGUUUAAUGUUGAUAACUUGUGAGAUCUCUGUGGCACCUCAUAAGCCAAAGGCCCAGAGGGACCAGUAGUUUCCCAACACUACCUUUUGACAAGCCUUUCUCCAGGCAAGACUAGAACUGCAGUAAAGCAGUGCCUCCUGGUCCUAUAAAGGGGGCCCAUAAAAAUUUAAUUGUUGAUAGCAUCAAAGGUGAUCAACAAUUUAUGGAGAAUCAACAAGGUUGCACUCAUACCCAUGAGGCCAUCCACCUGGGUGACCAAGGUGGUUUUCAGUCUCAAAACCAGGCCUAGAACUCAGACUGAAAUGGAUCCAACCACUUUCAUCCAAAACCAUAUGAAGUUUAUAGGUCACCUCAUGCUUUUAACACCUCUCCUAAAAAUGGCACAUUUAAUGCCUAAGCAUCUGGGUACCAAUUAUUUAAAUUGCCAGGAUCAUUCUCAGGUUUGGUUAAGAAUGGAUGAACCACUGUUUGCUUUAGGGCCGUAUGGGCACCUCACACUCUUCAGAGAAGCAGUAGCCACCUCUGACACCCAAAUGUUUUUAUGACUUUUAAACUCUUUGUGUUCAUUGCAUGUAGAUUUUCCAGGGAACUGAAUGAGUUAUGUGGUUUGAGCGGGGGCAUCUAGAAUCAGUUACCUGGGUCAUCUCCACUUAAUUGGAGAAAGACCAGAGCAUUGACCAGACCACCAGCAACAUCAGUAGGAAAAUUUCCCAGAGACAUUGAGAAAACAUCAGGAUCCAGAAGCUCCAAAGGGGGGUAGUUUUUCCAUUAACUGAACUAGCAUUUUAAAAGGAGCACCCUGAUGGACCGCUGAAAUUAUUACAAGUGACACUAAGGCAAAAGAAAACUUGUUCUCUUAUUACCCCUUUCCCUUCCCCAUAAAUUGUCCGAUCCAUUAAUUGUCAUACCACCCCCUGCCCCAUAUCACCCCUGAUUUCAAGAGCUGCUCAAAAGCAUCCUUUAGAUGCAGCUAUGAACCAGAUAAAAAGACAAAAGCAGGUACAAUAAAAACAGAAGCAGGUGAUAAUCGAUACAAUUUUAUGUCAAUAAAUACCAAACUGAAUAGCCUAAAAGAUGCUUUAAACUAGACACAAUACAGAGGCCAGAAUAGUUUGCUUUCAAAAGGCAAGGCCGUUGAUGUUAAAUGUCAUCUUCCAACUCCCUUACCAGGUCCUAUUUACAAUGUCCCCAAUUAGCUUCCUCUCAUCAGAGUAUUGGUUCGUUCUCCCAUUUUGCAAUAGCAUUGCUGUUGCAGGUUGAAAAUGUCCCUGCUCUUGUAAUGAACCUGAAAUGGCUUUGGAAGCACCUCCUACCCCCCAGGAAGUAGCUGCAAAUGGUGGAGCCACACUUUCAGAAUAAAAAAUUGCUCAUGCCACACCAAUUUUUUAAUUGAUAGGAAAUACACUGGGAAACAAAAAGAAACAACUAGCAGAUUUAUAACGUAGAACACAACUACUUUAUAAUAUGAUCAUGGGACAUCCAGAAAAUAUAAAAAAAAUGCAGCUAACAUGAAUCAUUCCCACACACUUGAUGCUCUUGCUCUCAUUUUGAAAAGAUAGCUAUCCAUAUUUUGCAAAUAAACAUUCUUAUACUAUGCUAUACUACUGUACACUGAAAUGUUUAAAUAUUUUUUUUAGCGUCCUUGAAUCUUCCUGCCAUUGUCCUCUCCUGCCACACCAGUGUAGAGCUCCACACCCUUUGAGAAUCACGGUGUUUAAAGUGUCCAGAAUGCUUUGCUUUCCUCCCAUUUCCAGCAGCUGCUCAAAUUACAUCUGCUGUUGAAUCCCUUUCCCUUGGGCCCAUAUUCCCAUUUAAGGAAUUCACAUUCAACCCUGAAACACUGUCCUUUGUCUCUCACUUAACAUGCGCACGCACACCUAUAUCUAUCAGUAAUAAAGCAUCAUUGCCCCUGGAUAGCAAUUUGCUUUGCCAGAAAGCCAGUUUUUAAGGUUCAUCUCUACCGCUUACUCCCUUCUGCCAAGUCCUGUUGUCCCAGACACUACAGUCAUCUUUAGCCUCUAAGGUUGGCACCUAGGGACCACUCAGUGGGCUGAGUUUGGCUCUGGGUUGCCAGUUGUUGGCCCCAAUGGUACAGCAGUGUUUCUCAAAGUUAUUCAUUAAGUCAUCUUGACUUACACUGGCUAUUAGGGUUCUGAUUCCAAAUAUCUAUAUUGAUGUUUAGAAACCUGCAUUGGCAGGAGUCAGAUGUUUGGAGGAGGGUGCAGCUCUGGAUGGGAAGCAGAAGAAGGCAAAAUUCAUGGCAUGUACCAGGAACUGACUCUUUUUUGCUACUUUGCCCCUAUAGAGAAAGAAAGAUUAUGAAAUUGAGCUCUUGCGUUUCCUGGAGGUGAGUUUGCCACAGCAUUCUGCCAAACUGUGUUACUAAGUUUUUUAGCAGCUCUUUUCUGUUACCCUUCCCAUUCACACAUACAGCUUGGGCCAGCUAAGAAAAUGGACUUUGGUAUGAGUGAUUGGGACUGGGAGCAUUAAGAAGGGUCAUAUUCUGGGUGAACAUAUAGCAGUGCCUUUCUGUGUACUCUGCAGUUCUUGAUAACUGUUUUAAAAGCCUUGUCUAAAAAGACAGUGGGGUGCAAUCCAGUUGGUUAAGCACUUUUAAAUCUCAUUGAUUUCAGUGUCCACUAAACUCUCUCCUAUUCAACCUUGAAAUAUUUGAAUUGGACUGGUCUUAGGUUCCUCUGUGUAAACUUUUUUUGUCUAAAUCUGAAAGAUCAGGGUCACGCAGUCCGUAGUGAUGAGGUCUCAACCCAGAAGGCCAUGCUCCAUUCCAAAUCAUAUAUUGCCUCUUGCAUUGAAAGGACUGGAUGCCCCGUUGCUGGUCAAUUGGUGGAAACGGGAUUGGUUCAUAAAAGGAGAAGCGGUCUCCAUUCAACAUUUCCCCAAACCACGGUUUGCAUUAACAACAAUUUAAAAUCUAAACAGUGGUUUAGAGUUGCUUCUCUGCUUACGGUGUGUUAAUCCAGGCAUCAACCCAAAACUGUUAACUUAAUUUAACAGUACUUCUUUAUAAAUUAAGCCACUGACUUCAAAUGCAUGUGAUCCCAGGUCACUUAGACUUUCAAAAUGAUAGCCAGCACAGUUGUUUUAGAAUAGUCGGUAAGUGUCUCUCUUUCUGCACUAGAAUGAAUAAUGCAUUCUGUGAGAACUAAGCUGCCAGUUGGUUUUCAGAGGCAGCUUCCUAGUACCUUUUUUUUGUGGGGAGGAGAAUGAAGCAGCCAAUGCCCAUGCUAGGCUGCUGACUUAAUUUCCUGGAAAUCUUAAGCUGCUUGGGUGAAAGUGGGCAGCCACGUUCUGCACUACCUGAAGAUGCUUCCAAACUAUGUAUACAUUAAUCUACUAGAUAUAUGGGGAAAGGCAGAGAGAGAAUGAAAAAUAGUCAAAACUCCUUAUUUUGUUACUUUGCCAUUUCCUCCAAAAUUCAGAGCUUACCUGAAGAAGAACAGCAGAGGGUUCUGGGAGAGGAGAAGAUGCUGGGAGUAAACAAGAAAGGUGCCACCAGCCCUGCCUCUAAAAAGACUUCACCAGAUGCCAGCAAGGUGAGUGACGCAUACAGGCUAGGGCAACAAGCAGGAUGCGUUGUGGGUAUGGAUACAUUUUUUACAUUUAGAGCAGUGGAGCAAAUCUACUUUUAAACCAGCCUCAAGACUUCAUGUAAAAUGGCUGCUGGGAUUCCUUUGGAAAUUUGAUAGUAAAAAUGAGAACAAAAACUAAUCCCUCUUGAAGGUUUCCUUAUGUGCGUGUGGUAUCCAACAUUAGUCAUACUUGGGAUGGGCCCACUGAAAUCAAAUUGACUGAAAUGACUUUUAAGUAUAUUGAUUUUAAUGGGUCUACUCCAGAGUACAAUUAAUGUUAGCUAUCUCCCUAUAUGUAUAUAAUAAGUAGAACUGUCAGCAGGUUUAAAGAAUAUUUCAUUGAUUUAAUCAUCUGCCUUAUGUUCAAGUAACUGAUUGAUCUGAUUAAAAUAAAUUUGCUUAUGACCAACAAAAGUCCAAUAUUUGUCAGAUACUGAAGGAAGUGUUAGAUAAUUGACAGUAAAAUAAUAAGUUACCAUUCUCAUUGUUGUAUAUAAAUACCCAUCUUCGCUUUUUUUAUUUCUUUCCAAUUCCCUAUGUUCAUUACAAUAAUGCACCUGAACCAAAACAGCCUCAAAAGAUAAACAUGCUUUUAACUUGCAGUUCCACCAAUUAAAAAUUGAUCUUGCUGGUAAAAAUUGCCUCCCGCCAUUGAUUAAUCAGUGUUAGCUGGCUGAUCUACUAGGAAUAUUUUGCAGCCCAUAAAAUAAGGCCACCUUCCCCAGUUUUUGCUCUUUUUAUUAUUAUUUUCUUUUUUCCAUAACGCUUUUUAAAAAGAACAAAAGAUACAAACUCAAAAUUCCACAACCACGAGUCCCUUUGUGCUCUUUAACAGGGAGGUUCUGAGAAACCCAAACGGCCCGUUUCUGCUAUGUUUAUCUUCUCGGAGGAGAAACGCAAGCAGCUGCAGGAGGAGCGACCCGAACUGUCGGAGAGCGAACUGACCCGGCUGCUGGCGCGGAUGUGGAAUGAUCUUUCAGAGAAAAAAAAGGUUGUUGAAUCAAUAAUGCACAUUCUCCUUAACCAUCUUUUUGGGGGGAAGGUGUGGGGGAACAUGUACUCCUGGGUAUCUCAAAAAGUCAGCUGGGUGGUUUUCCCCCCCUGUUGACUUAGAUCAGAGGUAGCCAUCAUGACGCCUUUCAUAUGUUCCUGGACUCCCAGUUCCCAUCAGCCCCAGCCAGCAUGGCCAAGGGUUAGGGAUGAUGGGAGUGGUAGUCUGACAACAUCUGGAGGGCACCACAUUGACUACCCCUGACUUGGAUGAAACCAGGAUCUUGACCCACUCCCUCACCCUUAAAAAAAAGAAAAGAAGAGGAAACAAAAUCUGCUAGAAACCCCACAGAAGGUUCUGAACAUUCCCAAGCCUUCGCUUCCCUCUAGAAGCCACCAAGCAGCUCUGUUAACAGUCUGGAUGCUCCUACCAUUCCAUCUUGCGUUACCUCUGCUCAUUUUUUUCCACCAGCUUGGGAAGGGGGAAGGAGCCAGACUCUGUCAGUGCGUUCCCUUAGUGUGAGAGUGGAUGCAAUAAAAAAACCCCAUUUUGCGUUCUUUUGUACCAUUUGCCUCCCAGUACAGCUGUGAAUACACAUGGAGUCAAAUGGGAGAGGUCUUGAGGCUUGGUUUAGAUGCCUGAGAAAGAGGGUCUUGGGAUCCAUGUGGGAGUUAGCUGGACACCUUAAUAUGGGUCAUUGGUGGACAGGGAAAGUAGUUGCACUUGGGAGAUGGGGUUUGUUGUUGCUGUGUAUACGCCUUAAAAGGCUAACUUUGGGUGAUGACAGAUGACUAGAUAUCAAGCAGUACUUUCCUACGGUGGGCAUAACAUGUGGGACGCCGGAGCAGCAUCCACCCACAUGCCAAUGAAUGUCACCACAGAUUUGCAGUCGAUCAAAAAUCCAAUAAAAAGCAGGGGUGGGGUUCUCCUUCCUUCAUGAAUAGCAUUACAUCAUGUAUUUGGGUUUAUUUGCUUUGUUUUAUUCCUUUAUUGCAUUUAUAGUCUACCUUUCUUCCAAGGGCCUCAAGGUGGCAUACAUGGCUCUUCACCUUUCCAUAUUUUUCUCAUAACAACCUUGUGAGAUAGGUUAGGCUGAGAGUUGGUGUAACCUUGAGGCCUAGAAACAUGCAUAAAACCUGGGUGAACAUUUGUAUUAUUGGGUACCUCAGUUGUGAUUGCUCCAGCCAUAUGUUCCUAGUUGGCACUGUCCACCGAAAUUUGUCAUUGAAACUACAGGGUAUACCUUAUUUUCAUAUUGUUAAUCUGCAUAAAGAUACAUAAAGUUUGUCUGUAUUGCUUUGUUUUUCAUUAUCCUGCAUCUGUACCAGGCCCAUACUUGACAUGUUCAAACCUCACUGCAGCUGUUUUCUAGUACUGGAAAGGCACAUUCAGGAGUGAGAGAUCUGAAGCUCUAAAGCCAGAGUCAUUAAUCUUUGGCCUUCCAGCUAUUUCUGGACUAGACCUUCCAUUGACCAUGCUAGCUGGGGCCAAUGGAAGUUCCGUUCCAGCAACAUCUGGAGUGCCACAGCUUAGUCAAACCUGCUCUAGGGAGAGUAGCUUCAAAUCUUCAGCUCUAAUAAUGUCUGUCUUUAAGGUUACAUCUGUGCACAGAAAGAGGUAUACAUCCACAAGACUCCUUGAAUUUAGCACUUUAAAAAUAUUAGUUUCUGUGCUGAUUUUACUGCAUCUCCCACAUUAUAAAAAAGAGAUAAUUUUAAAGGCAGAAAUAUGUUUUUUGGGUGAAAGCUGUGAAGAAUAACUGAUUUUAAUGGGGGAAAGAAAAAAUGAUAAAUGACCUUAUGGUACAACAAAAGUGCAAUGUUUGUUUUUAUCUUGCAAAUAAUUAAAUAGCAGAAAUUUGGUUGCUGUUCAUAAAAGCAGUUAGAUAGCUUGCUAGCCAUGUUUUUAAUGUACUAACAGAGAAACUUCCUUACAAGAAAACCUGCAACUCAUGCAGAACAAAAAAAUAAAAUACAGGGUCUUUCAAGAGGACACACAUACAAUGUUUUGUUCAAUAUGUUUUUCGAAAGUGCUGGGUCAGGCUUAUAGUGGGACUCACAUAAAUUGAGCUCCUGCUGUCCUCAUGCAAGUGCAGGUCACAAGGCUGUUCAGAGUUUUUUAAGCACCUUGAUUUGUGUCCAGAAGCUAAUAGAUUGGCCCAUAACUGAUUAUUAUGCUUUGGUUUAAAACCUGCUGUUCCUCCGGUUUAACAGCUUUCUUCCUCAAAAUCUGUGUCACAGACGUGGGGGAGAACCACUGCAUCAUUAAGCCACACACUCUCCAAAACACAGUUUCAGUGCUUAACUUUUUUUCCCCAGCCAGCCUGGUUUUCUGUGUUUCUUACCAAUCAGUAAUGGGUUUUGCAAAGAUUUUAACCAUGCGUGUUGUUUUCUAGGCCAAGUACAAAGCUCGCGAGGCUGCCAUGAAAGCUCAGACAGAAAAGAAGCAUGGUUCCGACAAGGAGGAUCGCGGCAAACUUCCCGAGUCACCGAAAACAGCUGAGGAGAUCUGGCAGCAGAGUGUCAUUGGAGAUUAUCUUGCUCGCUUUAAGGUAAAGUGGGACAGCAGAGGCCUAGUUUCAUAAUGGAAUGACCUGCAGUGUGUCAGUAGUAAGAUAUGUGAGUGACAAAGCAGAGAGUCUUAUAGCUUUGACUUGCUCCAAAAUAGAGGCAGGAGUCUGCAGCGGGGGGUGGGGUGGGGGGCUGACUGACAACAUGUCUUGGAGAGGAGUGCCAUCUGAGGAGGUGGUGUCCAGCUUGGAAUUUACUUCAGAGACUCAAGAAAGAGAUGAACAAGGGGCAGCUCCCAUCUGGUGGGUGUCAGGAGGAAGAAUGUCAAAUCAGAUGAGCUGUGCUAAUGGGAACUGUGGCUGUAAAUAGGGCUGAUGUUAUUAUUGCCAUUGAAUUGAUCAACUGUAAUUUGAGGGUUGGUAGCAUGAGCCAAAGGCGUGCAAGUCUUCCCUUGUGGGGAAAGGGCAUGAGAUCUGACCCCUGGUUUGCACGCUGCACAUCUCAUGCGAUGACCAGCGUAGAACGUGGGUUACCAGGUAAGCAACCUGCCUUUUUCAGGUGGUAGCUGGCAUGAAGUUAGGAUAGAAGUGGCGGGCUCAAAGUGGGGAGUUGUCUGAGCUCUGCACUUAUAUGGAGUCCAUGACAGUAUAUAGUAGCAGCUGUCCUUCUGCUUCAGAAUGACCGAGGGAAAGCACUAAAAGCCAUGGAAGCCACCUGGAACAGCAUGGAGAAGAAGGAGAAGCUGAUGUGGAUCAAGAAGGCAGCAGAAGAUCAGAAACGAUACGAGGUUGGUCAGGCUUUUAAAAAAAAACAACCCACCCCACCUAGUAUUUUUCGCUUCAGUGUGAUUGCACUGCAUCGAGUGUGUGCGUGUGCACAGUUUCCACAGGAAUGCAGAAAAACAGUCCUGUGUGUGGUACUGGGCACAGAAUAUCAACUUCCAAAAAACCAGCCAGUUUCUGGCUGUAUGGAGAUAUCCUUAAAUGUAAGUGGCUUGUGCUUCCUGCCAGUGAAAUGGUGGAAUACGAUUAUGCAUAAUUACACAGAUUACAUACAUUCUCUUGUCUUUUCUUGGCUCAGAAUCUGGAUUGCCAGAGUUCUAAAUUUUAAUUAAUUUUCUCUAGCAACUUGUAUGCACAGCUCCUCUGUUUUACAGCUCAGGAGUGAGAGCCAUUGGUUUCUGCUCCAGAUUUCUGCACUCUUGUAAAUGAGACAAGAAAGUUACUAGCCUGCCAGGAGCUAGCAGAAGAGAGACAGACAACUCCAUUCUUCUUGUAGCAGCCUGCUUGGUUCUGUACUGGGCUCAGAGAAGGAGCAGGGCACUCAAUUUCUUCUUGGUUUGCCUACCCUGCAUGUAAUUCCUUGCCAGCUCUGGCUAGGAAGUUAAUACUUAAAAUACAAGGUUGAAGCUCUGUAUACAUUUAUUGGUAGGUAGUUUUCUGGGUUGUUGAAGAAAGCUAGCAAAUGUCCAAUGUUUGCCUCAUUGAAGGCUUAGGCAUCUGCAUGAAAUAGGAAGGCGGGGCAGCCUUUUUAAUUUUUCUGACAUUUUUCAUUGAGCUGGACCAGGCUUCUCAGCUUUGUAAUUCUGUUUCUUCUUUAUUUUGUUCUGCAGCGAGAACUGAGUGAGAUGAGGGCGCCACCAUGCACAACAAAUUCCUCCAAGAAGAUGAAAUUCCAGGGUGAGCCGAAGAAACCCCCCAUGUGAGUAUUGCCAUUGUUUUAAAAAGAAAAAAGCAGGGUUGUAUGUGUGUGCUUAUAUGUUUUGUGUUCUGAGUUGUGGUUAUGGCUUACAAACGCACAGUGGUGAGGAAUCAGUGGCCUUCCUGAAGUUAAGUCAACUUCAGUAGGUGGAUAAUUGAUUGGUUUAAAGGCAAUCUAUAAAUACUGUAAAUAAAAUAAAAUAAAAGUUCACCAUACGUAACUGAAGCACAAUUAACAUUUCUGGAAGCCCAAGAUCAUAUUAAAACUGAUGAACCAAAACCAAACAGCAGCAACAGAAUAACUUCUAAAAAGGCUUAAUUCUCCAAAAGAUAAGUGAAGUUUCUGAAUGGAGCCAAGAGCCAAGAGAAAAAAACAGUUCAGCUUCCUAGGAGAUGCCAUUUGAGUUCUGUGGCUACCACUGAAAAGAUCUGUUCCUUGUGGAGAGCAGGGUGGCAUCCAGAGAGUGCCUGUGCUUGCAUAUCGUACUCAACCAUGGUUAUGUGCAUGAGCAAGAAGGAACCACCACAAGCCUUUUCUCAGUAUACCUUUUCCCUCCUUCCAUGUGACUGGGAGGAGGAUUUUGCAGAGCUGCAUUCCACUUUCCACAAAAUCUGACUUACCAUUUCUUAUGAAAUGGCGAUAAGAGUGUAAAACAAAUUGGUAAGUUUCCAAACAAACCAAAGUUUGUUUGGAAGCUCUUAAGGGCAGUGGGCAGGUUCCGGCUGCUCCUUUCUGCCUCUGAAACCAUGGUUUAGCAAUGCAUGUGAACCCAUACCACUGAGUUUUCCAGUAUAUUAAAUAGAUCCUGCCAACAGUCCUGCUGUCUUUCUUCCUCCUGCCCAUUUACCUGUAACUUCUCUCUUUUGUGUCCUCACCAGGAACGGGUAUCAGAAGUUUUCUCAGGAGCUGCUUUCAAAUGGUGAACUUAACCAUCUUCCUCUGAAGGAGCGGAUGGUGGAGAUCGGAAGCCGCUGGCAGCGCAUCUCUCAGAGCCAAAAGGAACAGUACAAGAAGUUGGCCGAAGAGCAGCAGAAACAGUACAAAGUACACCUGGAUAUGUGGCUCAAGGUGAGCUGUCAGUUGGGGGAAGGCACAAGAACAGGUAGCAGCUCCUUGAGAAGAUCAGAGUGUUAGCAGUGAAGCGUCCGUGUGAAAGCCUUCCAAGUCAAGCCAUAUUGACAUUUGACUCUUGUUCUGCAACCAAAGACUUUCAAUCUGUAUGAAAUUCUGCUCAUCCCCAGUUCCUAUCAGCAACAUAAGCGUCCUAGACACUGUGUGAGCUUUCCCCACCUCUCAUCUGUCCUCUGGCCUCAUGGAUCAUCCUGCCACACAGCGCUCUCGCAUGUUCGUAUACCUUGUCUGAGGUUUUGUUCUGUGUUUUCUCUGCAACCCAAAUCAAACUUCCUCUACCCUGACAGCAUCUGCUUAGGCUUUUAGCAUUUUCAGCCCUCCAUUCCCUGCCUGUAAAAUGGGAAUAAUUGUUCAUAGGGCAGAACUCAUUGAAGGACAGCCAGGGGCUUGCAAGAAGUGUCAUAUUAAAGUGCUGGCAAGGAAUGAUUCAUCUGUGGUAAUUAUAAUCUGGUUGCUUUAUGUAGGGACUAUAAUCAAUCCAUCUUCUCCCACUCCCCAUGUUUUGAAUCACCUCCAUAACAUGCUUAAUCUUGGCUUCUCACUCCUCCCCCUUCUGUCUUCUCUGCAGAGUUUGUCGCCACAGGAGAGAGCUGUGUACAAGGAACAUACUUCCAACGUAGGUAUCUUGCAAGUGUUUGGAGGGGACUGGCAGGGGUAUUUUUUCAACCUGACCUCUGAAAUACAGUAUAGCUUGGAAGUGAAAGGAAGGGAAUCUCUUCAUGCCUGAAGUCUAGGGGUUCCAUAUUCUGUAACUCUGGUUAGGUCAGAAAUGAGGAACCUUUGGUCGUCCCCGCCCCCAAGAAAAAGCUUCAUUUUUGUCUGUAUGGAAGAUGGAGAUGGGUAUGCGAGUGUAGAAACCAGCCUGUUGUACAAAUGUAAACAUUACAUUCAUUGUUCUGUCCACUUGCCUCUGGCUCCUCCUGCCAGUGGCAUUCCCAGAAGGAAAUGUGGCCCUCUGACUGAAAAGGGAUACCUAUCCCAGCAGGACGUGCAUCAGAUAAAAGUGUACCAGUUACAGUUUGAAAGCUGCUCUGAAUUAAACAGGGUAUUUAUGGUUAUUGAAUUGGUACAUUUUGAUUUAAUAAUAGGAUAGAUUUCCAGGAUGUUAUAAGAACUCUUGAGUAGAAAAAGCUUAAGUUGCCUUUGUAUUUUCCUCCUGCUGCUUGUUUUAACAUUUUUGGCAUCAAGUCUUCAGAAUCUAGUGCCACAAAAACUAGAUAGUUUGUCAGGGGCACAUUUGAUUUUUGCUAGAAAUGGAGGAUUGGGGAAGGGGCAGGCUAGAUACUAGCUUGCUGAAAAGAAUGCAAGUGUUUUCCUUGCCACUGGUGCUGUCAUGGAUGCCACAUAAUAAUAAACCCAUUUUACAUUUAUAGAAAUCUUUUAGUGUGGCAGCACCGACACUUUGGAACUCCCUGCUUAUUGACAUCAGGCAGGCACUUUCACUGUACUGUACUGUACUGUACUGUAUUUGGCACCUGCUAAAAACAUUUUUGCUUAGGCAAGCCUACCCAGAUUCCAAGAACAUUGAUGUAUGUUUUAAUCUGUUUAUUGCUGAUUUUAAUUUUUUAAGAGUUCUAAAUUGUUGUUAAUUACUUUUAGCAAUAAUUUUAUUGUUUUAUUCUUUUUGCAAACUGCUUUGAGGGUUCUUUCUUUUUUUACAAUCAAACAGUAUAUAAAUUUUAUGAAAAUAAAUAAAUGUUAUAAAUUUUAUGAAAUAAAUAAAUGUUGACUCCUCCCCCCUUUUUCUAACACUGCCCCCUCCCACUUGUAUCUCAACAGAAACGCAAGAACAUGGGGAAGAUGCGAGGCCCAAAUCCUAAGAUGAAGCCCUCGGUGCAGUCCAAGUCAGUAAGUGCUUUAACACUUCUUCCUCUUCAUCAUGCAGCUGUUACCCGCAAUGGAAUAAUCCAGGGAAGCUUGUUCCAAGGUUUGCCUUUGGCUGAUUUAAUGAAGCCAUUUUGAAAGUGUUAAAACUGACCCCAGGAACUCUGCUUUCUUUCUCAACUGGUCUGGUAAAGCAUUGCAAAUUAUUGUAAAAGUCCUUGCUUGCUUGCUUCUUAUUUCUAACAGGGGAGGGAGCCAAAUUCUGUGCAGGUGAUUGAUCUGAUGGCUGGGGCCCACUGAUCUUCCACUGGGAAGGAGAGAUGCAAUCUCCCUAUAGUUAGUUAUAUGGUAGGGUUGCCAUACGUCCAGAAUUUCCCAGACGUAGCCACAAUACUGCAGUCGGAAGCAGUGUCUGGGUGUAAAUCGCUAAAAUUUCCAAGGGAAAUCCGGACAUAUGGCAACCCAUGUUGGCAGUGUCUUUUUUGCUGAUUAACUUUAAAAAUAGCUCAAAAACAUCAUUUUUAGCUCAACAGCUUUGCCAAGUAAAGCUCAACAACCCCGUUAUAGGGAAUGUAGUUUUCCCCCCUCUCUGUAGCUAAGGGGUGCAAGUAACUUUGCUUCCAUGAGCAUCAGUUGAUUCGCAUGACAACUUGUGGGAUGGAUUUUUAAAAUUAUUAGUCUCAUGAAGAUGAUGUUUGGAUGGGGGGAGGUUUUCUGCUGCACUUCAGGUGCUGAUAGCUGGAGAGCUGUUUGCUCUUCAGACCCUUUUGCUUUUCUUUCUUUCAUUUUGGUCUUCUCCACUUUCCUUAAGUGGGCAUGCUUGAAGUUGCAAAUGUAAAAAUCCUGGAGCUCUUGAGCAUUUCAUUAAAAAUAAAACAGUGGUGCAGUAGUUAAUUUUCUAUAGUGAGAACUUUAGGUUGUUGAGCUGGCUUUCUUUUAACAGAAUAUUGGGGCAGAAGGGUCAUAUAUUUUACCCUCCUUUGUAAUUUCUGGCACAGCUAUAGUGCAUUCAGUUUCAUUUAAGGCCCUGAACCAUGCCUGUGCCACCCUGGUGAGCACCUUCACAUUUCAUCCACAUGUAAGAAGGCAUAUUUUGAGAAAUAGGUUUAUGUUUGGCCACUUGGGGUUCUUACUGUGGACUCUUGGGUGUAUAAAGGUGAAUGCCAUCUGUUGAGCUCUAGGUGCGUUGCUGGUGUUUUCAGUCUACCUCUCCCAUGUCUCUGUUAAAUCCUGUGUGGUUUGCAGGAAUCUGAGGAUGAGGAUGAUGAUGACGACGACGACGAUGAUGACGAUGAAGAGGAAGAGGAGGAGGACGACGACAAUGCUGACUCCUCUGAGGAGGGAGGGGAUUCUUCUGAUUCAAGUAGUGAAGAGGAGAGCGAAGACGGGGAUGAGGUGAGUGUGCUGGUGUCUGUACACUUCUCUAUAUACACUACCUCUUGCUCACACGAAUUCUGCAAAACUGAUUGUCGGGGCUGCGUGUUUCAGUGACUGCUUAGCUGUGCUUAUUAAGCAGUGGGGGCUAUCCCCAACAGCUGGGCUUUUCACGUUCAAAAGUGCAGUGCCUCUGAAUAUAACUAGAAGGCUUUUCCUCUUUUAAGGUGCAACCCUAGCGUCACACCCCCCCUGGUCCCACCCAAAACAUGGUGGAUAGCAAGGCUCCCAGGACAGAUGGUGAGAGGUAAUGAAUGCAAGCCAGCACCUUGCAUAUGAAGGAACAAAAGCACUAGUCAAGGAGCCACUGUAAAUACAUAUAUACAUUUUCUGUCAAAGCGAUCUAAAUUCUGUACCAAGAAAACGCUGGAUUCUGCAACCUGUAUAAAUGACAAGCUGAACAGAUCUCUCAUUUCGCAUAAUUUUAUUUGACAGCUUCUAUUGUCCUGCAUCAUUCUGGUUUCUACUAGUUGUGGAGGAUGGGGGCAGGUGUGCAAAGCACUGAAAGACCUAGCCACUGGAAAACAUGCUCAUUUCCCUCCUCGGCUUCUGUGUUUCAGUAGGUGGGGGCGACAGGUCUUCAAGCAUAUAUCUUUGAAACCAUAAGAACAAGGCACUUUUAUUCUAAAAAUAGAUAAAUGUUGCAUUUCCCAGUAAACUGAAUUCUGCACCCCUGCCACAUUCUGCAGUCCCUCAGCAUCACCUUGGGUACCCACACUAGACAUAACUUCAUAGCUUGCCUCUUCCCUCACCAGAAUGAAGAAGAGGAUGAUGAAGAGGACGACGAUGACGAUGACGACAAUGAAUCUGAGGGCAGCAGCAGUUCCUCGUCCUCCUCAGGAGAUUCUUCUGAUUCGGACUCCAAUUGAACCAUCCCCUUUCUCCAGCUGCCUUUCUUGCUGUACUCUAUUCGGUUUUGUUUUUCCGGAUAAAAGUAACAUCUACAGCUGGAGAGCUAGGAUGGGGAGGAAAGGGAGGAAGGAAAUCACUGUGGUUUAAUUAUCUUCCUCUCCUCGCACACCUCACAUUGUAUUUAACUGUGUGUGGUUGUGUGUGAGGGGAGCAGGGGGGUAGAAAAUAGCUGACAACCAGCGGAGGGUUUUUUUGUGGCGGUGGUGUGGGGAGAGAAUUUUUAUUCUAUACUCCUCUCUCUUAUUCCUCCCCCCCCCCCCUUCUGAAUCUCUCUGGGGGUCCCCCCCUUUUUGUUGAGGUGGGCAGGGUCCUGGCAAAAUACAGGCCCCUUUUUAUUUCCUCCCCCCUCACAUAUCUCCCCCCCCCCCCGCCCACCCCCAAUUCUAUCCACCAGCUUUGGACUUUGUACAAAAUCUUUUUUUAAAAAAAACAAACCAACAUGGCAAUGGAGAUUUCCCCACCCCCUUAGCAAACAGCCAGGGAGAGAUGGGUUCCAGAGAGCACGAGCCAUGGAAGGUUCCGGACUUUGCCAGUGUGACCCACCUCUCCUCAAAGUGGACAAUCUUGUACAGUCUUGAAAUUUUACACCUUGACGAAAGAGAACAAAAUGGCCACAGCUGCACUUAGUUAUUUCCUGUGAUGAACUGGAUAUCCAGCAAACGUUUCCUGCUGAAGGAAACGGGAUGGGAGGGUCUAUUUCACGUGAGUGCAUGGCAAGGGUCAGGGAAUAGAAAAGGAACUGAAGAAAAGGAUUUCUUUUGCAGAGAGAAUAUCUGACUGGUAUGCUGUCGCAGGAGAAGACAAUUUUGGGAGCUCCAAGGUUACUGACUUUAUUUUGCAGGAGGUGGACUUUUUCUGUCGUUUUUCUGACCAGCAUUUAAACAAAGACAGUAGUGGCCAGACCCCUUUGGGUUGUUGUUGUUGUUAAUAUAUAUAUUUUUUUUUACAAUGAAGUGACCAAUAAUUGUACCAAAAUGGGGCAUUUUGUUUGACUGUCUUUGGAAGCGGGAGGUUGGUUGUGGGUGGGAUCCUCUGUGUCAUUAAGCUUUUUUUUUUCAAAAAACAAAAAAAAUGUUUUAUAAACAAAGUGAGACAACCAUCUUUUUUACAACUGAAUUAUCCCAUCUUUGAGAUUGAGUACGUCAUAUGUCUCUUACCCUUAUGCAGAGGCUGGGAUCUUGGGAGUGGAUGGGGUUUGUAUAUAAGAGGCACAUAGAUUCCCCUGGCCCCCCCAGCAUGCCUUGGUUUUAUUCAGGCUGCAUGUGUUCAUUCAACUUUGGGCAGAGGAAUGAUGCCAAGAAGAGAAUGAUUCCAGCCACCAAGAAGUGUGUUUCUUAGCCUCUUCUGUGGGGAAUAGAAAGGAAAGGAAACUCCAGUACCAACUUUAUGUUUGCCCUGUAAAUGAUAUCAGAGCUAGUAGACAUGCUGUUUGGGGGGUCAGGUGGUGGUGGUUGUAAAAAAAAAGAAAAAGCAGCAACCACACCUCCUUUUCCCUUGUAAGAUGCCCGAUCAUACAAAACAUCACCAUGCCACACAUUCCCCUACCCAUUCUCCCAGGAGUAACUAAAGGGGCAGGGAAAUUUGCAGCUUGGUGAUUUCAAGAAACACUUUGUAUGACUAGACAUUACUGGGCAAAAGGAAGGGCCAGAACUACAUGGCUGCUGCUUCCAAGGGAAUGUGUCUCCUGUAAUGUUUAGUUCCAGCCUGAAAAAAGAGCAAGAAAGUAUUACCUUGUUUGGAUGUAAAACUAAGAUGUGUGUUACCUCUACUUGAGCAAGCCUUGGACGUGUAAGCUUUCCCCUUGCUGUGAAGAGAUCAGAAACAUUUGUUUCCUUAUUUAAUUAACCAUGGUUACUUCUUGUGUCCAAAUGUGGACAAACUGGUUUAACUUUGCUUUACGGAAACAAGCCACAAUUGGAAAUCAUGGUCUGUGAUCCUGGCUUGUUUCCCUAAGCCAUAGUUAAGAAUUGCCAUAAUAUUAAACCAUGGUUUAUUGCAAACAGAGAAGAGAGUUUCUAAUCUCACAGUGGAAGAAAGAGGAAGGGGGCGAAUGCAUGAGCCUGAGACUUGUUCGCAUAAUGUUGAUACACAGUUUAGCAUAAUGUCCAAACUAGAUCAGUACAAAUUAAAUUGGCAUUGGUGAUUUUCUCAGAAAAACAAGCUGGUAUGUUGCAUCUUGCUAUCUAAUUGGACAGGUGGUAUUUAGGCAAGGCUCCUUUUGCUUCUUCCCAUCUGUGUUCCCUGUCCUUCUGUUUCUUUAAUAUUUUACAUGCAAAACAUAAUUUAGUUUAUGAGAGCAUGCAUCCCUGACUAGCCUUUAUUUUUACAUUCUUUGGACGAUUACCUGCUCUAAUAAUAUGACAAGGAAUUUCUCAUUGUUAAGGCCAGAUCGUGCGACUAAUUUGGCCUGCAAGCUGGUUCUGUACUAUAUCUUGGCUCUUCAGUGCCCUUCAUAGCACCCUGUGUCUUCUGUUGACAAGCAAAAUGAGAAUUUUGCAAAACAAACUUCAAAUGCAUUGUAGUUUACAGAAUUCAUUGUUUCCCCUUGAAAUAUACUUUGGAUUUUUAUUUUUAAGCAUACCCACCAGAAAAAGUACACACACACACCCUUUUUAUCCCUCCCCCCUUGUGGAAAUUGAACACAUGGCUUGUGCUUUGCUGAUCUCUUUUGGGUAAGUCUGGAAACCUCAUAAAGGAAACACGGUCUUCUAAAGAAAGACUUGGCUUCUAGCACUGCAGAUACUCCCCUGGAGGGAAGCUGGACCAUUUGAGAAUGCAGUCGAGAGAGGGAGUUACAAAGGGCACUGAAGACCCUUCCAGAUGCUGGACCACAGCUCUCAUCAUCCCUGAUCGUUGGCCACGCUGGCUGGGGUUGAUGGGAGUUGGAAUCCAGCUACAUCGGGAAAGCCACAGGUUAGUCAAAUCCAAUUUACAGGAUAAAAAAACUUAACAGCAGUAUUUCCCAUUUAGUCUGCUUUUCUCUAUUAGUUCACUGUCUCUUGCAAUGUCUUGCUGUGCCAAAUGUAUUCCUUCUCUUUGAGCAUCUUGGCCCCACAGUUGCCCUUUGGAAGUGUGCUGUACCUCCGUUCCAUCACUGGGAAGAGUCCAGUUGCUAAAUAAUCUUAUUUUGAACCAGCAACUCAAAUAAAUACAAAAGUCUCCCACUAUUGCAAAAUGCCUUGGGAGGACCUACGGGUUUCAAGCGUUGGAACUUUCCCUACCUUUGCUAGCAUUUCUAGUUGUUUUUUUUUAAAAAAAAACACCCACGUCAUCUUGGGUAGCAAACUGUCAAAACUAGCCACAGGAUUGAUACUAAACUUACAUACACCUGAUUACAGGCACCACUGGAGCCUGUGUAAACCUGGCUCCAUUGAAAUUUUGAGUGGCUCUUGGUGGCCGUAUUAAUUUAGGAAAGAGUAUUUUGCAUUGUGGGAAUGACUUGACUGAAUAACAUGCAAAUGUUCCCAUAACAUACCUUGAGAAGUGCAGUUUUCCACUGUACUUUCAUUGGGAUGAACAACUUACUUCCAUGAGCAUUAACAUAUUGCAAAGCACAUCAGUCUUGUUUAUGAAGAGAAGUGCACCGUCACGUAUGGGAGUGUGUUUUUGUGUGUAUGCAGUUGUUGUGGGAAUAGUUCAGACAAGUCAAGAUUUUCCUCUGUCUUUUUUGUUUGUUUGUUUAUGUUUUUGGUACAUAUUGGUCUGGGUUGCUUUGGGCUGAACUCUUGGAGGCAAAGCAACAGAAGUAUGUUGUCUUUGGACAAGCGGUCAAUCUCAAUAGCCCUUUGGCUUUUCUGGCUUGGUAUAAAAUACCAGUAACACAUCCAAGCAGGGAUUUACUGAAUAACACCAGAUCAUUUAGAGCGAAAGCUUUUCAGGGAAAAAGAAACUUACCUGAGAACAUAGGAAAUCAAUUAAUGUACAGUACACAUGAAAAUGGGUAUUUUUUUGCCCUUGAAUAGUACUCAAACGGUUAUUAGUUUUUUGUGGAUUCAGUACACUUGAAAAACCUCCAAAGAUCUUGCAGACUUGAAAAUAUAUUAUUAAGUACAUGUAAUCAAAACUAAAACUGUUGAAGUUGAUAGAAAUGCCACUCAGGAAGAAGCACUAAAUGAUGUAGGGUGUAAUCCAUCCCUUUUGGGUGGGGCAAGGGUUUGGAUUGGUAGGUGGAAGUGCUGCCACUGAAAAGGGACAUUCCAAGGGAGGGGCUAAGUCGGCCACACUGCCAUCAGUGGAUAGCACUGGGUCUGAUGCUGGUCCAGCUUGGCAUAGCAUUUUGCUGCCACCAGCUUCAACCGGUCUGGUAGGACUGCUAAUGUGAUGGCAGCCCUGCUGCUCUCUUAAGCCCUGCGAGGCAGUAACUCAGGUUUGAAUGUCUUCCUAAAGCUAAACAACAGUGGAGCUGUAUGACGAUGAUAAAUAACCAUUUACAAAAAGUACAAGAAAAGAGUGGCAACAUGUAAAAUCGUAAAUAAUCCGUUCAGCGUUUGCUUUUUAAGUCUGUAUGAUCACCAACACGUUCUCAUUCCUGAAGUUCUUCGGGUUAUUCUAUAAAUCCUUGCCUGCAACCUGUCACUGACCUUGAACUGGUGUAUAAAAGAUAAGUAUUACAUUUAAAAAUGCUUACUAUGUAGGGGUUUACUUGACCCAACAUCUCAUUUACAUGGCUCUUCACCCAUGUGCUGGUCCCUUGAUAUGCACAAUUCCCACGCCAGUAAUCUUUGAUCAAGAGGGAAGCCUCACUGCCAUGCAAAUGAAGAGGCUAUCACAUGGGUUAAGAGCCUUUUCAAGCAAGGCACCAAACUACAGGGGGUAAGUACUGUCUCCAGAUUGUGUGGUUGGGUGUAAUCUUCCAUUAGAACCAAUAGGUGUUCCUCAAAGCUAGAAGUUGUUUUCGGUUGUCGUCAUUGUACCUCAUCCUGCAAGAGAAUCCUGACGGGGGGGGGGGGGGUUAGACUUUUGAAGAGGUGUGGCAAGUUGUGUAUGUUUCAGGUAACACCUUGUUGCCUCCUUGCCCUCUGCCCGUUUGGUGCUAAGUUUUUCUCAUUACGUGAACUGCAUGGAAGCUACCAAUAAAUGCUUUUGCACAGGGAGGGCCCAUACAGAACCAUGCUAAGAGGGCAUCAUGGCUAUGGAUCCCCAAAUCAUGUGGAGUUUUUACAUGUAAUUGCCUCACCUUCCUUGAAGGCAGUGGAAGCUGAAACUCCAUCCCUUUUAAGUGAGCCUUUGGUAAGUGUAUUUUAAUCAGUUAACACCUCUUCUGUUGAGUUAUUUCUUAGUGAACUUGUGGCUGGUAUAAUGUGUACUCUGAUUCACACAUGCGCACAUCUUUUGUGGAGGUAGGCGAGAACCAAAACCUUAACAUUUUUGGACUCCCUUUUUAUAUAAUUUUCAAGCCUUUCCCAAUUUUGUCUCUGCUGGGGUAGGGAAAACCUUGUCACCUCAUAAGAUGUUUGUCAGAAAUUUGCCAGAAAUGAGAUGACCCAAUGAAAAUCUAGGAUGCAUCCAUUUAUGUACUUUUCACACCUCAAGGAAGUUGGUUAUCAUUUGUGGAAUGGAGGCAUUUGUUCUGAUGCAGCAAAUGUGGCCACACGUAGAAGUAAAUUACGCAAAAUAUCAGCGGCAGGGGGAGAAGGAUUGCAUACAGUAACCAGGCAGUGUAUGCAACACUUUCUGUUGUUCUAAUGGAGCCUUCCCUACCUUGGUGCCUUCUCCAAAGGCCUGGCAAACUGGGACUGACUUGAGGGCAUCAGGUUCAGGAAGUCUCUUAACAGAUCCUACCCACUAGAAACCUGAAAAAAACACUUCAGCCAUUGCCACAUCAAGCUAGAUUUCUCCACAUUAACUUUGCUUUUCAUUGCCAUGUCUGAAUUCUGAUAGGAUGUGCCCAGUCAUGCACAUUUGUCACACAUCAACCCCUCUGAUGCUCCUGAACUCUCUAUUUCCGAUUCCGUCAGUCAAUCUUCCUUCCCCCUUUUCUCUCUCUCCUCUCUCUCAUCCUUCUAAAGUGAAACACCUGGUUUGAUUUUGCUGAAUGUACCAGCUCUGUUGUAUUUUAGUAGAUGUGUUUUUUAAGUAAAAAAAAAACCUUAAAAAAACCUUGUUCUUUAAAGUAAAUUUCUUACAGUACUGAUGUCUUUUUAAAAAAGAAAAAAAAUGUUACCAGGGGUUAGGGGGGGAGACAGAUUGUACUGUAAGAAGGUGGGACUGAGUGCAUUUUUGCACUGUUGACAAAAUGUGAUAUUCCAGAUAGAAGUUCUUGUGAAAAAGGAAUCAUUUUUUUCUAAUAUUUAAAGUGUUUUUGUAGAUUUAAAAAAACUUUAAAAUGCCAAAAAAUAUUAAAAUGUACUGGAUUUCGGUUUCUAUUACUAAAUGGGACUUGGCAAGCUCAGGAUGCUUUUGGUUUCCUUAGAGGUUUUUGCUAUUUGCACCAACAUGGCAAGAACUUCAGCCUCAAGUCUAAAUAGACUUAAAACUGUGGAUCUCCCUCCCCUCCUUUUUUUUUCCCUUUUGUAUAAUAAAGAGC